CUUUCAUGAACCCACGUAGCAAAUCAUGGCGUCAGGAAACUUCGUUCGGUAGGUCAGGACUGUUCGAUUCUUUUUCAUUUUAGCUCACUUUUGUGGCUCGUUUUAGUUGCACACAAAUGCGGCUUAUCGGUUCUUUUCUGUCUUAUCUGCUAAAUUCCUUAAAAAAAGCUUUCCCAGUAAUGAUAUGGAAUUAUUAUUUUUAUGACAUUAUAAUUUUUAUGUAUAUUGUAAGAAAACUAGCAUAGCAAGAACGUUGAAAAUGUCUACGGGCACUAAACAAAGUUGUGGACUGCAGCUUACAUUUCCUAUCAAGUACCGAACGUCACGUUCGUGUACAUAUCUGAGGAAAGAAAUUUUUACCAGCUGAUGGUAAUUUUAGUUGAUGUUAUUUAUUUGUUUAGAUCAUUUGUAAGAUACCUCUCAGUUCUACCUCGCGAAACUGGUGGAAGCUGAAAGCGUUAAUUGCCACAUCCCUAGAAGAACUUUAUCAUACAUGAAAGUAUUGUAAAAAAAAAAAAAAACAAAACAAAACAAAACAAAAAAAGGAAGUACAAUAUAAUACUGAAUUCUUGAACCCUCAAUAUUCUUCUUUCGAACAAAAACAGACCUCCCCUUACCGGUUUCACUCCGAUUUUUCAAGCUUUUUACCAAAUUCCAACAAAUUUCUCGAACCUCUUCGAGCAUACACGUUUCCGGAGAAAUUAUAUGGUUGGAUGUUUCCUUGGAAUGGCUGAUUCAUAAGUUGCAUAUGCGGAACAUGGAGGAAUACCGUGCCGAUCAAAAUUGUAUGAUUGUUGUAGAUAACAACAGCGCAAAGCGCAUAAAUUAAAGGGAACACAGUUUUAUCCGUCAGACUUUUAGGUUUGCAACCAUGUGACAAGGUAGCUAUUAUAUUGGAGGUAUAAACAAUAACUGUCCGCCAAGAAUUUGCAUGAAAAGUGAAAGAAAGAAAAUAAUUCCUGAUUUUCUCGAAAGACCCGAAAAAAUUUUCGUAGCCACAAAGUUUUUCUGGACCCUUCCAGGUGAAAGAGCUUCGGACUGGAGCGUUGAAUGCAUGUGCUAUUAAAUAUCUCAUUUCAAAAGGUUUUGAAUUCAUUGUAUUCCUUUUGAAGGAUUAGAAAAAUACAUUAUGGUAAAAAUUGUUUACAUUUUCUUAAGCUUUCUGGUUUGACGGUAUUUGCUGUUUUCUCUUAGAACGAACCCGAAACCUUAAGAUUUCUCCUCACCGAUUUUAAUGGCGCGUUUCUAUAUAUAUAUAUAAAAAACUGUCAAAAAAUUGUUUAAUUGCUCUUCUCUUGAAUUAAAUGAAAAAGUAGCCCAUUCGAAGGAUACAGAAAAAAACUUUCGUGCUACAAACGGCAUCGUUUUGUUUUCGCUUGCGCUUGAAAUUUAAUAAUGAAUGCCUCAUUCCUCCAGAAAGAAAAACAUUGUAUGAAAUUGCUAGCAAUUAAAGUGAUUUAAGCAUAUUUUAUGCGAGAAAGUUUUUUCCCCGGAGUGGGUCGACGGCGAAGAAAACGCAUGGUAAAAUAAGCCUAUCUUCUCUCUUUCUUUCUGCUGAGACACGCACUGUAUACGAACUUCAGCUUGGAGAGUCAAGAGCGUCGACGACUGUUCAAGCCGCUGAACAUUUUACCUCCAUAACUUUACCUUUACAAUAAUUGUAAUUAGGACGUUGAAGUGGUAAGUUUUAAUGCUUGUUUUAUUUUUUAUUUUACUUUGUAUCACGCUUUUGUGAAUUAGAAAUGUUACCGGGAAUACUGAAAUGACAUUAAGAUAUCGCUACCUAGAUAGUCAAGCGAAAAUGUGUAUAACCAGUCAAGGGGCUACGUAUAAGAAAAAUAUCAUUUCUUUUAUGAAUUAUAGCUCUAGACACACCAUUACACGUCGGUGAAAAAUUGGCCUGUCUAGCUUGACUUUGUUGAUAAAUAACUGCGAAAAAACUGAGGACAAACUGGUGGCUGACGACGUUUUCCAAACUUUUACUGCGUUGAUAGAGCACCACUACCAACUCUAUUUCAUUAAUAUUUAACUAAUAUCCAGUUAUUUUUUAGUAAUUUGAUACAAAAAUCGUUUUAUUAGUAACCAACAUAUCUUUUAUAUGUCGUUUCUCAAUAUGCAUGUUAGCCCUUGCUUUUAUAAAACACUACCGUGCAUGAAAGAGUUUUUCCCAUUUUAAUGUAAACAUUUAAUGGUAAACCGCUGAGAAGCUCUUUGACAAGGUGUAAAUAUCAUGGCUGGCGCAGCUGUGGAGCUACGUCCUCGCCAUUAGAAUUUAUAAGAAGAUUUUCCUGAAUGUGAAUCUGAGGUUUUUCACAUUAAGGCAUAUAAACAGCUUGCCUGAGUUAAGCUUUUAACCGCCCAUUAAAACAUCAUUUUUGUCCAGCUCAUACGAAGGGACUAAAAGUCGUCUUGUGCACUGUAUUUAAGCUUUAAAACUCUCUAGAAAGAAACAGGAGACCAAGUAUUAAAGGCUUUGACCCAAAUUACGACGACAGUCUAAAAAAUACGAGGUUUAUUGAGCAUAACCAUAACUCUGCACGCGCAUCGAGUUUCUCUUUUCUGUCUUUGGGAAACUAGGACGUGAAAGGACCGAAGUUUUCGUUACUUGAGAACGUGAACGACAAGGAAUCAAAUUUUUACUGCACUUUUACAUGACCUGGGAUGCGGUUUCCUCUCGUUCAGCACCUACGUAAUUUCCCAACCUUUUGAUAACUGAUCUCGUUGUAAUGACUGUGAAGUACGUUUUUUAAUCAGGUAGUGUUUUCUCUUGUGUGGGAUCGUAAGGUCCCUGUCGUAACUAGCGAACAGUACAAAGUUGGUUGGUUGGUUUUUUCUUAAUCUAUUCUUUUACAAUAAGAUUCUUCACCGGCCAUUGCUUUUGGAACAUUUUCGUAUAAUGUAAAAAUGGACUAAUCGCUACUCACAGAAAUUACUGAUGAACUUCUUUAAUCUUCCGAGCGCAUAACUGCUCUUCUCACGUGGGGGUCUAAUUUUUUAAUAUUUCAAAUAUCCCAGGACCUUUUUCACCAUUGAAGUUGAUGGAAAUGGAAUUUUUUAUGUGCUUUCUAAGUAAAAUUCUUUCCGUACUUAUCUCGUUGUUGUCAAGAGUACCGUAAAAAUUCACCGCCUUCUAAGAUGACAGGAACUAGCUGUUAGUUUAGUCAGUUUUUCGGAAGCAACUAAUGAGCUGCUGAUGCAGAGAUUUUGAUUGGUCACGUAGAGCGUUUUCAUUCAUUAAUUUUUCAGAGAGAUAUGAUAAAAAUAGCCCAAAAGAAGUGAAAACAAAAUCAUUCGGCGCAUAUAUCUUAGUUUUACCAUAUACCAUGCACCUUCUAUUCAAUGGGCGUCAGCAUAAAACAAAACAAACAAAAAAUUAAACACCAGAAAAAGCAAAAACAGAAAAACAAAAAGAAAACUGGAUAAUAUGGAUAAUAAUAAAAAAAAUAAUCAGUGAGUAUAAAGCCAGCUUUUUUAUAUUUUCGUCAAAGGUAUGACCCUGCGGUAAGAUCAAUGACUUUCUUUUGAAGCUGCAAAAUGAUUUCUGUUCGAAUUAGGUGGUUCAAAUUUUUCGUCCAAAACUCGACAAUAAUCAAAAUUGAUUUUCUCCAUUUUAAAAGGCUCUACAAGCUGAUAGAGUCGUCAAAGAUAUUUUUGAAGAAAAUACAGACCUUCUCGGUGAUAUAGAAAGUAUAUUAUAUGUGAAUAUGAAAUAUUCACUAGUUAUCCUUAAUACGAAUCUAAGGCAAUUAGAUUAGGACAAGUUUUUUUCAACGAACGUGAGUUGCUGGCAAGUCACGUCAGUUUGACACAAUUCUAUAGAUACUGAUAUAUUUAAUGGAGAAUGUUUUUGUCCGAUUCAUUUACGUCAAGAAACUUUAAUUUAUGAAUAUUCAAUAAGCUAUAAACAUAUGCCCAAAUCUUGCAAAUACUUUUCACAUUCGCUUUACUUCGAAUCACGAUACGGUUACAUAAAUCACAGACAUGACACGCGUUUAGAUGAAAGGUAGGAUUAUUUUCUGAUGCACGUUUUUGAGCUUUUAAUCUAUAGAUUUACUCCUACGUAUUAAUGCAAAAACCUCAGACUCAAAAAUACCUUUCUUCAACGGUUGUCACUCUGUAGCUAGGUCGUGUUUUUGUUGCUUUAGAUUAGGCUUUUUAGUGCAAUUCUUAAUCAUAGAGCUUGAAAUUUCAAUGUUUUCUCUCGAGAUUUGCGUUGGUAAAGCUGUCAACGGUAUGAAUCGAUGUUUUGAGUUACUUGGAGUUCGAUUUUUUUCAAAUACAUAACCUUCUCGGUUCAGUUUUGAGAACGUGAUCUCGCGUUAAAAAACGUGUAUCUUCGUCAACAGUUACAGAGGCAUGAGAGAGAUAAUAAUCGCGUGAUUUCGUGAGAGAAACGAGUAGCCUAAAUUAUAUUAUUUAUUACUGGGAAAGCGUAAGAGGUAACGAUUAUAAUAUUUCCCGCAUUGCCCGAUAAGAGAUAUUUGUAACUGCUGUAGGUCAGAAAUAGCUUAAAGAAAAUCUUUCAAAUGAUAUUUUACUCAAGCUCUACAACCUUUCCAUACGUCGCUUCGGAGAAGCGAUUUAAUAAUUACUCAAGCUAAUAGAACUGUAAACAGAAUAACCGUCGAGUAUACCAAAGCUCACCAAGGAGCAAAAUGAACAAAGAUCGUCGAAUUAUUUACACGGUUAUUAUUGGUUCCAAGUCUGCUGGGAGUUACAUUUAUUUAGAAAGAUGGAAAAUUGAAAAAUAUUUAAGAUCACAACUUAAUUUAGGUUAGAUUUUGAUGUUUUCUUUAUAUUUUUGGCAAGUUUGCUCUCAAAAUGCUCUCAAACGACGAACAAAGUCAGGUAGACUUCGCCUAUACCAUUUUAUAGGUACUUCUAAGUCCUUAUACACCCACACAUAACCCUGUUGUGAUAUAUUUAACGCCGCUCGCCUAAAAAAAUAUUCCCCAUAUUGCAGGUGUUUUGUUAGUUAUCUUGCGUUGCCUUUUGCGAAUGAAAUUACCGUUGUUUUGGUUAUAGGACCAAUUAAAAAUGGUUUCAGAUGAAGAAUAUUGUAAAAACCGUAAUUCGAAUUUUAAUCUCAGUAUUUGUGGAAAAUUAGAUUUGUAUGCAGUUUACAUUUAUGAACAAGCUUAAAAAUAAAUGUUUUUCUUUCUCCAAAAUUUGUCUUUUUUCAAAGGUGCCCGCAACGUAUAGAACCCACUGACGAUCUAUCUUAACCUUAUACUAGACAAAUUGUAGUUUGCCUUGAUGUAAUAAAAUCAGAGACCUGUUUAGAACAUUGAAAGGAAAAGACAUUCCCUCGUGGUAAACAAGUUCCUUCGAAUUCCGGAGUACAAGUGCUCCCUUACAUUAACUAUAUAUAGGCAUGUGCGGCACCAAGCAUAAGGUGUGUUUUAUGACCACUUUUGGUUUGAUAGUGGGUAUAGAUUUUAGUCGUUUGGAUUUAAGAUAGAGUUAAUUGUUUCUUAGUAUCUCUGGAACCAGAUCGUGUGGAAUGGGGAAGGUUGUGUUUAUCACUGCCUUUCCCCUCUCCAGAACGGUGGUUCAAGUCUGGAAGAACACAGACCGGAUGUUCAUGCGUAAAGUGCGCAUCGCAUCGUAAUGCAAUAUACCAAAAUUUGUAAUUAAAACUGCGCCGUAUAUAUAUUCAGUAUACGUACCUUUCAAAAAGCGCAAUAUCUUGCAGUGUGCGUAAUUUCUAAUAGACGAAGAAUUGUAAGUGGGAAAGUUGUAAGACGUAAAUAAACAGUCUAGAAAUGUUACAUUUGCUUAAAGCGAAAACAAAAUAUCAGUCAAUGAAAUAAGAGAGAAUUUCAAUUACCUCUUCAUUGUUUCUAAUGGUGUUAUUUAGUGCGUCCAAGUAUUUUGAAAAAUAAUUUACGUUUAACAAGAAACGUAAUACGUCUUUAACGUAUCAAAGACGUUUUAAGUCACAAUCAGGUCGCAAUGUUUCUUAAUAAGAGAAACAAGACAUUUUUUAUUUUGUGACUAUUGAUGUGAAUGGCUGUAAGAUUGUUAUAAUGUUGAUUUUCCUUGGCAGUAUAUGAUGAUGGAGCAUUGUACUUCAUCUUUGCCAUACAACAUCCGCUUGAAUACACUGCUGAGCAACCAGCUCAAAGAGCUUUUCUAUUAUUUCUGACCCCAGACUUGAAAGACAUCAACAUCAUUAGAAGGCGUAGCAUACAAACUAUGGGCUGUCAUUAUACCGCAAGAAAGAAUGAGUUCUCUCUUGUAAACAGCUUGUAUACAGCGCUUUUUUUUUUUAUCAAAACAUCAAAACAACUUACGGACAAAAUUAAAUACAGUGCAAUUAUCAAUUUAAUAUUACAAAACAAUCUAGACGUUUGUCUUGCUGGCAGGUUAGUUUUUAAUACUCUGAGGAAUACUCUGCUAAUAUUGACGAAGAAUUGAAAUUAACUUAUAAAUUCACUUAACAACAGCAAUGAAAAGGACAACUUAUAUCUCCCGAUCCUGUGGAUGAAGUUGGCCCGUGUUUGUUCACAUUUGGACGAUCAGGAGGUGCAUGAGAUUUGCUAGUGUGAUGUUUGUACAGUAGCUGUACUCUACGGUGCAUGAAAUGUGUCUUGAGAAAGCGACAAAAAUGUUUUGUUGAAUGAUUUUAAAUAUUAGGAAUGUAUUCCAAAACUGACAAGAAAUUUGCAACGGUUCCAACCAACUUUUUCAGGAAAGUUACUUCACCUAUAAGAAUGGCACUUAAUUUUUAACGCGUAAGGGAGAAAUUCCAGUUGCCUAGCCUUCUAUGUCUAAUUUCGACGUUAAUUUUCUUUAUAGCAUGCCAUUAUAGCAGUUUCUUGCUUUGACCAAAAGCAUUAACUCCAAGAACUCGACACUACUCUGAUAGCUGGACAAUUUUUUUCGUUAUCGUCGUUUCAGUAGAGAUUCAUCACAAACACAUCGCAAGUUAAUGGGAAAUAGGAUUAAAUAACGGGCUUAAAAAGUACAGUGUUUAUAUAUUUGCGUUUCGUUUUUUGGUGAAAAUAUGGGCCAGUAAUUAAAUUAAAUCUCCUGACUUGCGGUGGUUCCACUUAGGGCUGUCAUGCAACAUUAUCGACUUAAACUUCCACAAUAUUUUGCUAAUUCAAUUCACUAUACAUGUACACAACGAGUCUCACAAUAUCACAAAAACAAAAGUCACUUCAUCUCUAGUAUGUUCUUCUGUGCUAACACAAAAAGGUAUCAUUAAUAAGAAUGUUGCGAAAGAUAAGAGUUUUUAACAAUUAUUCCCUGAGCCCGAAUUGGCUAUUGACUGAGAGGCCAUGAGGGCGAGAGGAAUAAUUGUAUUAGUAAAAUCCAACUAGUUGGUCAAAAAUAUCGAGAAUAAAAAAAUUUAGCUAGUUAAAGCUUAGCCUGAUUCUCAGACGUCCGAGGGAGAGGGAGGGAAGCGAAAGGGACCGCGAACGACCUCGGACGUCUGAGAAUCAGGCUAGUUAAAGCUAGACUUUAAUCCCUUUUUGCCGCCAAAAAGCCCGCGCUUUUCGCUACUAGUGGGCUACAACAUAUAGCCUAGUAGUAGCUCAACCAAUCAGAACGCAGCAUUGAUAAUAGACGACUAGCUGGAUUUUACUAAAGUGCAAAUAGUCCACUUUAAACCGGCCCUUGUGGCCUCUGUUUCAAAGCGAGGCUGAGGUCGAUGCCGUUGAUAUGAAUCUCAUGCAAACAACACUCAUCAGUUUUCCCAGAAUGCUUUUGCACUUAGCCUCAUUUUGAAAGUGAGAGUUUUUGGAACUCGGAAAUGGCCUUUUUAAUUUGUAGCCACGCCCUUUUUUCGGAGGUGGAUUGCCUGGGUUGAUGUGGAAUUCAAGUUUACUCAACGUUUUUUCCAAUGAAAGAGUAGAAGGAACUUUGUUCUAAUAUACCAGUUAACUUUUUGCCAUAUAAUUGUUGAUUCCUCUGAUACAAUUUUGGAAAUUUAUUGUCAUUCUGUUUCAGUGUUCCACGCCGUUUUGGCUAAAACCCGACAUACUUUAUCCCAAAUUUGCGAAAUCUAACAUUAUACCGUAAAAAAAAUACAUAUAUGAUCGAUUCCCGAUUAUUGAUACUGUCUCAUAAACCAUACCCUGGGCGCCAGAGGUGUUUUAAAAUGUUUUUAUGUAAUUUAAAGCUACAGAUACCUCUGUCAAAAUUUUUACUCUUCUCUGAUAAUUCAGAGGUUUUCCAAAACUUACAAAUGGACGAAAAAUAGUGUCAGUUAAGUCUGUUUCUACUAACACAUUUUUUAGUUUGAACCUCGCGUGGGCGUUUAUCAGUCAUUAUUUUCAGCCACGACGUUUUUUUUGUAGAGUGCUCAGGUUGAGUCACACAUGGCCUCUAAUAUCUUAUUGUUUAACAUUUUUGUUUUUUGAUUAAGGAGUUAUUUUGACUGCCCAUUCCGAAGGGGUGGGUACAAGAACACCACACUGCUCAAUUCCUGAUUUGUAAUCGCCUCCUGUCUCCUCCCUUUUAAAUGCCACUUUAUGAUAAAUCAUUCUGUCUAAAACCCCUUUAAAUUGUUUUUUCCGUUUUAGCUCCCUCGGAGUAAACACUACGUGAUUUGAAGCAAAACGGAAAACAGCCGAACUAAUUUAAACUUUUUUGAUGAACACUUUAUUUAAACGUACUUAGCUAGUUGUUUAUUGUUUGUGGAUGGAGGAAAAACGUACUUGUGUACCAUAUGCAUCUCAAUCUUGUCACCCUUUUUAAAAGAAUUAUUCAUCUUCCACAACGCACAAGAUGAAUCUCUCGUUUGGCUUUCCCUGCCUUAACUUUGGACGGAAAAUAGAUUUAUACCUUGGGGUUGUAUAUAAUUAUAGAGAGAGCUUUUAAGUAUUUAUUUGUUAAAUAAGGCAGUUUUAAUCUAUAUACGCUAAAAAGCAGCAGGAUUUCACUAACAUCUCACCAGAGGCUACGUUUUACGUUAAUUCCGAAAGAGCAAGUGGAGGUUAAAAAAAACACUUAAACUCUCAUCGCGGAAUAUCCUUUUAUAGUUGCGACAACAAGUCUGUCAUUGUUAAAAGGAGUGCCACAAAGCUUUGUUUGCGUGGUCAAGUAUCUUGUCAUCGUAACUAAGUGAUUAAAAAGUGUACAUUCAACUUCUGUUAUCAGUUACAUCCGCUAAUAUCACCUGCUCGACUUUUGGAACUAAAUUUGAAAGCUUUGAUCAGAUCGGGAAGCUUUGAUCAGGUUCCUCAACAACACGAGUUGUUUUGCCGCCUUAAAGCGCAUUUCGAGAAUUUUGACGACACACCCAUGAAAAUCGGUAAGUUUUCAGCCGAAUAUCAUGUUCCUUUUCUCUUCAACCAGUUAUUUUGCAGGAGCAACCGCUAAUGACAAGACCACAUCAAAUCCUUGAGAAUCAAUGCCGGAGCCGUUUGCUCUAACAAUUCAACUUGUUAUAGAUUUUCCAAAUACGUGUGCAAUUCUACUUGAAAGAUAUUAUUAGUCAGGUACGCAACGUAUUUUUUGGUCUUGUUUCUCCAAAAGUCAUUGUUUCCUCGUGGCUCCCAAUUUGAACUGUUUUUCGCUAAGUUCAUGAUUUUUUAAUAUUUUAAAAAAAUCCAGAAAAGUAUCAAGAUGCCUCUGGGCUGCGAUUAUCGCCAUGGAUUUGUGUCGGCUUAGCAUGAAAAGUUCACAUGAAAUGUCAAAAUAACUACUGAAAUAUAAUAGCAGAGCUGAUAUUUUGAGUCUUGGGGACGAAUUUUAGCCGUUGAACUUGAUGGAGGAAGAGACAGUUGACUUUACAUAUGUGCCUAAUGCAGAGGUUUAGAUGCCUGUCAGUUCUUGUUGACUUAAAUUUAAGUCGCAAAUGAGCGAGGCAAAAAUAGUUUCAGAAGGAUGUCAAAGGUUUUUUGUCCCUUUGUUUUAAUGAACGUUUUCGCCGGAACUCCGAGUAGCUUUUCUGCUAGUUUCUGUCAAUCUAACUUGACAGAAAAUAUUGGGAAAAAUAAGAAUGAGUGUGUCUCCACAUACACCUCCUAAACAGUCCUCAUGCAGAAAACUUUUUUCCCCUAAGAAAGUUGAGUUUUCGGUCGGAAAGCUUAAUCUCACUCGUUUUUCAAUUUAUCGCUAUUUUUGCCUUUUAAUUCCAUAGCUUGGACUGAUAACAGAGCUUUUCGUUCAGAUAAUCCCACAAACACCACACAAUCUUGGUCAAACUUUCCCAAUAACUGUUGUAGCUACAUUUUGCAUUUAUAGGCUGAAAUAAACAGCCUUUUACGAUUUCCACUUGACAGGACGUUUUAAACAACUAACAAAAAUGCAUGUUAUUUUCUAAUUUCCAUCAGAUGAAAAAUAUUUCUUAAGGUAUUUAGUUAGACUGAGUCUUCGUGGUUGGUUUGUCUAUCUCAAUACAAAACGAUAAGGUCUAACGGAAACAAUAGCGGUUUAGAGACGUACUUUCGGAUGUCUUCGGAGACGUUUCCGAGUUGUCAUCGGAUAUCAAUAUUACUAUUACUACUAUUCUAGAAACACACAGUCAGUUGAUUUUCGUAGCUGGUAACUAAAACACUAAUGUUUUUAUUCCUAAAAGUUUAACCAGUCGCUGGUAUCACCUUUAGUCUUAUAGCCCGUCAGUUUUCUAACCUCUCUGGCAAAAUCAUAUGGUAUUUUUUCCACUUUCAGUUCUUCGUUUUCUUUCUCAUUUCAUAUUCUGAUAACACUACAUCACUAAUACGAAACUUUUAUCCUUUUAUUGUUAAUAUUAAUACUUGUUUAUAUUUUUAUUAUUCAAGUCACUAUUUUAAUAAAUCUUAUUGUUUUACAACAAUAUUACCUUUGAAUUGUUUUAACUGAGGAUUUAGUGGUCAUGUGGUUGGUGACUAAAACUGAUUUUUUUACUUCCUUAUGACUUGCCUUGUGUAUCAUGCAACAAAAGUGAGACCGAGAUGUCUCUUUUAACGCUAAAAGGGGAAACUGCUUACUGAAGAUAUUGUUUUUGAUAUUUUCGUACUGUUUAAAGUAGUUUAGAGGAAAAUCUGCAAGUGAAAAAAAAAAAACAUUUAUUUAACGAAAAUUUGCCAAUAAGCAUGAAUGGACUUUGCCCCCGUCCACACUCAUCCGGACAUUUUUGAAGACGGAGAGUUUUUCAGCCUUCAACGCACACGUAAACGGCGUUUUCGGACACCAAAAACGCAAGCUUUCAAAAACGUUCCCCAGAGUGGAGGUUUUCGAAAACGCCGACUUAUCCGUUGUGUAAGGACGAAAACGGAGGUUUUCGAGCACAAUGACACAUGUAAUGAUGUCACACAUACAACGCUACCGUUACGUUUGCUCUGUAACCGGCACUAUCGUAUUUUCAUCGUUUUAGUGUUUCCAUGUAAGCGGGCAAAAAUGAUUCAAAUACGCUACGUGUAGCCUCCCACGUAGACGUUCUCUGGGGUUCGUCACGCGUUCCUAAGAACGUCUGCGUGGGAGGGUACGCUAAGUGCGGACGCGUAUUUUUUUGAAAACGAAGAAAAAAAAUCUCCGUUUUCCAAAAAAAUAUGGAUACGUGUGGGCCGGGCCUUAUUCAGUUUUGACACCAUGGGCGUGGCCUUUGAAUAAGCAAAAAGCUUGUGAAAUAGCCCUCCCAAUGUUGUUUCACUGUGUCUAAUUGAAUGAUUAUAAAUAUAAAAAAAACUUUCAGCAAUUUAAGACUACGCGCAGUUUUUUUUGCUAAUGAGUAGUUUCACAAAAUAACAAUGACAUGCUCAAACUUUAAUAUCUAAGUUAUGCCGAAUGCCAUUUUUCUGCUUCGAUGAACAAAAUUUUUAUGUUGGAAACAUGAGCUGGUUGUACUCAACCGAUCAUUAACUUCAUUUAUCAAUCAUAACCUAUAAGUAGUCGUUAUUACAAAUGAACAGGUCCGUAGAAUAAUACACGUGCAAUGACUUAACCCUUUCACUGCCAAAUGAAGCCAAGGGCAAAUUUCGAGCAAGUUUGCAAAUUUUAUUUUGUAAAGUUUUGAAAAACAAAUAGCACUAUGUGGAAGUGUAGGCAGGGAGCUUUCAUUUGAAUGGUCACAUCGUAGGAUUUCAUCCACAGACUCAAAAGUUAGAGUCACCUUACAAACCUCCAUCAAGCACUCUGGCAGUGAAACAGUUAAUUCAGUUAUGUAACAUUUAUAGCAAUAUCAUCGUAAUGAUUUAAAAAAUUCAGGAAAUGGCCUAUUUAUUUCCGUGUAUUUGAACGUUUGCAGCAAACGGCAAAACGUCAGGUUCAUCUUGAUUAUUUUCAAAUUAGGAAAUUCGCGUAUGAUUACUGUGUUGAAUAUUUCUUAUAGAUGAUACUGUUUUAAAAACCAUGCAUUUUCUUGAAGUAAAAAGAAAACUUGGUCACGUGUGUACAAAGUCGUUUGCUGUAAACGUGGGUCUGUCUGUUAUAUAAUCUUGUUAAAUCGAUUUGUUAAUCACGCCAAUGAGAUUUUAGAUGUUACGUAAUAAAUCAUGUUGCUACGUUCACUGUUUAGGAACAACAAACAAAUCAAAUAAAAGGAAAAGAAAAAUCGCAAGAUAGUGCACAAAUCUUUGCUUACUUAUGCAACGAGAAAGGGACACGCCUCGUGUCAGAGACAGUGGUUUUGGUAUAUAGGUCAGUUUAAAAUCAUUUUCGUUUCACUUACGUUGUUUCAGAUUCAGUUACGCUCAGUGGAAGAUGACCGGGAUGCUGUAAAAGAUAGUGCAAGACUUUCGAUGUAAUUAGGAAACUGAGUAGAAACAUAAUCAUAAAGGUAAGUUGUUCUUCCAGACUCUUAGAAUAAUCGUGGAAAAAUAUUUGUAGCCUUGUAUUUAGUGGAGUUUGGGCAAUUCCAACACACUCAGCUUCAAACUGGUUUAUUAUCUAUACAUAUAGACCGGACGAUUCCGAUAUCAGUUUUUAUCGUUCCUUCUGACCUAUUUAAGACUUCAAACUAAAACCAUGAUGAAAUAUCGAAUUCUAAAUUGGUACAGGGGUAUUUUUUUUUAUCGAACUCUGAGGCCCUCUUGAGGGGUGUGUGUGUGUGUGUGUGUGUGUGGGGGGGGGGGGGGGGGGGGGGGGGGGGGAAAAUAUGAUUAAUAAUAAUUUAGUAUAUUAUUAUAUCUAAUUUGUCAAAGAUCAUAUUUGUAUCAUUAAUGGUCGUAACAUUUACAUAAUGUUCUUUUAGGGAGGGUAUUAUUUGGUGCCGGGAUGGGGGAGUGGGGCGGGGGGGGGGGGGGGUGUGGGGGAGGGGUGGGGGGGGGGGGGGGGGGGGGGGGAGGGGCGACGUAUGUCCCUUGUCUAAAUUUUAAACAUGGCUGUUUCACAUUUUGAGGAGUAGGCCAUGUCCUUGUCGGUAUUUAACCCAUCUUCAUGUCAUUUUCCCCCGUUUAAUCUACUCUUGUAUCGUUGUUUCCAGGCCAUGUCGCUUGUCAGAACUCUAUCCUAACAGAGCCUUAACUCUGUGUCAGUGUUAUUAUAAGGGAGUAGAGUUAUUGAGGUCGAGUCUCGAAGCAUGCAUUGCACAUUUGAUUGUCUUGCAAUCUGUAUUUGUUUACUCCUUAUUUCUUUCGCCAUCAUGUUGUGAAAUGCUAACGUAGGCAAAAAGAAAAGGUAUAGCGCUCCUUUCUCCGAAAAUUCUCCCUUCAGAAGUUUUAGAUGAAGGACAUGUUUAGAAAGAUAUUUUUGUUCAAUAUGACCUUCCAAAAUUUAAACAGGUGGCAAGAUAUGCGUUUAAAAAGAUAAAGAUGUCGUUUAAUUAUAAAUGUGCAUCGCAGGGCUCUUCUUGAUUGACGUGAUUAGGUGAAUGAAAUUUAGCGUCCUAAUAAACCAAUGCUUCAGCACUAACACUCUUUACUGUAUUUCCUUGUAAAUUGCUUAUGGUGUUAAUGAGACGAGUUUGUUUAAAAGCCAGCUGGCAUUUCUAUCUGUGAUGUCCACUUCCUUUUCCGGUUUUCCUUUGUGUUUGAUUAAAGCAAAAGCAUUGCUAUAAUCAAGUGGUCACCGUUAUAGUACCUACAUUGUAAACUUCUUAUGUUUGACUGGACAGUCUUUUUCUCCAGACUUGGCUUUUAAUUCAAAGCCUUUGCUCAAGGAAGUGGAGACUUAUACCGACACCCUUCCUUUAUCUUCCGAUUGAGGCAUUUGGAGAGACAUGUUCUAACUCUGAAACGCAUUCUAUUUAUUUAGCAGAGAAUAUGGCAUGUGAAGUACUUAGUACAUUUCAAGUGAACCUAACUUUCGUAAGCUUUAAGCAUGAAUAUUAUGUUAAUCAUAUUGUAAUAUUCCUACGACACGUCGCGUGUUGAAAUAUUAUACCACAGCAAAGAGAAUAACUUGUGUAAGGACUUGCUAGUUUAGUUCGAUUCUGAUUAAGGCCAUGUGAUUCAAAACCGUGGGAAGGACUAAUAGUGAAGCGCACAUGGCAACAUGGCAACAUGUUCUAAACAUUAUUACACUAGGGGGGCACCCAGUGACUUAAGUUCCUGUGAAAUAAUUGUUCGAAGGAGCAAUCAUUGCUCGGAGCCGUGAGUUUAUGUCCUAACUUACUCUCAAUUUUUGGUGCCAAGUUUUGGUUUUUCAUAUUUAUUAUCAAAAUAUUGCGAUUAUUCAGUUAAAAAAAGGUCGCCUUAAAUCGGUAAAAAGACAAAACGCCCCUUAGAAUCGUUAAUGAAUUCGAAGGUACGGCUACUCUAUGACAUCGAACUUUCGACCAGGCCCGUCAGGAUAGUCAGUAAAAGUUUCGGACGAGAGGAAAAAGCCACCCAAAACUUUUGAGACGACCAAAGUUCCCCUUACACAUCCGAACAACUGAGUAACUUUUAGGGCAGCUCCAAAUUAACUUAAGAGGCUUCUUAAAAGUCUAGAGAAACUAUUUGAGACACUCUGAGACGUAUUUGGAAACAUUCGGUCGUUGGGUACUCCUGAUUGAAGCAUCUAAGCCCUUACACCUGCCAAUGUGAUCAAAUAAUCAGUCAUCACCACAUCGUUUUAUUCUUUUUCGAAACGUUUGCCCGUGUUGCAAAUCGCUGAUGCAUUGCAUUAGCUUUUUAUAUUUACGGAACUGUGAAAAUGUUUUAAUAGGAUGAAAAACGGAUUUCUAUAAUAGUGAAAAGGAAUUGCAAAAUAGGAAAGACGAAAAAGAGCUUGUAAUUGAAAACAAAUUCGAUGAAAAAAAUAAUAAACAACUUUGUAAACGUCUCAAACAAAUUAUUCAGCAACAAACAAACAUGUACUUUGUCGACAUACAUGUAUCUUUUAAUUGCGAACUACAUGGAACGUAUUAACAUUUUUAAAAGUCUUGCAGUUUGCAUCUCAUUAAGGCUACGAAAAGCAACGAUUUAAAUUUUAUUUCCUUGUUUUAAAGUUUCAUCUGUAUUUAUCCCGUGGGAAGCCUCAAAACAGUGCUCAGUGCCUCUUAAGCCAAAUAUUCACACAAAGAGUUUUCUCACAACAGUCUAGUCUUUAUGGUCUUUUAGGGAGGUUAUUUUUCGUUUUAGAGUGACAACUUAUUCGCUUCAUUAAAGAUUCGAGAUCAGUUUUAUCACAAAAGAAAACACAUCGGUUGUCGUUUUCUAACAGCCUGACUUCCAUACUGUUUUUUGUCUCACUGAAUAAGUAGCUUCCUCUGUGCUUAUUCUCGCUUUUAAUUUCCGUAAAGAUUAUUAAAAACUCUUCACCAAGUGACAACUUUUUCAUUAUCCUCUUAACCACACAUUUUUCAUUUUCUCUGGGUUCACACGGGUCUCCUCAAGGGGUUUCACAGCUUAGGGUUGCAGUGAUGAGGUUGCCGCGAAAGAUCGUCAGAGGGGCAAAAUCGUAUAUUAAGCCUGUUAAAGAUGUUUGAAAACAUACAAUUUCUUUUAGUUUUGUUCGCAGUCUUUUAAAGUAAACAAGCCCCAGGGGGAAGCCAUUUGAAUUGUUCUCGAUUGGUGAGCUUGAAUAGCAAAUGAACGAUCCAAUGCGAGCGUUUAGCGUUCUCUUAUUCGAUAAUCACGGCGCCUUUAAUUUCCGGCAACAAGGUAUGUUUUGAUUUUUCAUCUGCAAAGUUUGAAAACAAUUGGCUUUGCUUGUAUAAUUACACGGAAAAAAUGCAAGUAAACACAGUUGCCAUUGUGGUGUUUCUUUAAAGUGCCAGUUGUGAACGGCCAUAUGUCCAUGCUGUUCCUUUUCUUAACGCUUACUAGGGGAAAUCUUUUUCCAGCAGCAAGAAAGAGAUAAGAGAAACUGGGAAAACUCCAAUCUUUCCUCUUCGUGAGGUAAGUCUUCUGAUUUGUUGGACUGAUAGUAGUUUGUGGUUUAUUAGUUCUUUGAACAAAGAUUCAUGGUUUUUUCUUUGGACAGUAAAAUAGACAGUAGGCAAAAUUCUGAGUAGGGAAAACUUACUGAAUUACUGAUUCAUCGAAGGUAAAUUAAGCAUAGCACGAAAUGUAUAAUUUAAAGGCAAAAAUUAGAAUCAUAAAAUACUUUUUUUUUCUGUUUAUAUUCUUUCGAUGAAGACUUGAAGACAAAUUUAAAAUGUCAAUUGCUUUUUCAAAAAAUGUAAGAAGAAAACUCGAAGCAUCUCUUGCCCCUCUACCGGCUUCGCUGCGCAUCGCAUUAAUCUCUACAAACAAAGAUAACUAAACAUAUUAUAAAAGCCGAAAUUUGAACAUAUGGCUUUCCCUCGGGGAAAACUUCGACUGCGUUCUGUACUAUUUUAAUACCCGGAUGCUGAAGCUUACUUACCCAAACUUUGAAAAUUAAAUGCAGUGUGUAAUUAAGAGCAUCCCUGAACUUAAAGUAUGGUGGAGUAACGAAUGUAAAAAAGAAAUGAUUGAUAUUAGCAUACUUCAUAUCGUCAGUCAGCACGAUACCAUCCAUGUCGCAUGGAUAACUGAUAUCUUUUUCUGCUGUACUCGCCUUUAUAUUUUCUUAUCUACACACGUGGACCAUAAAUAUUUUAGUAGUUUGGAUGAAUGUAUGAUGACAACGAGGGUCUCAAAUUUGACUUAUUUUAAUGAAAUAAUAUGAAGGUGUUUCAAGUAUUUCAAUACGGGCUGUAAUGGCGGGAGAUAUAGUGGUGCGCGGUGAACGCUGAAUGCUUCCAAAAGAAAUACACUUGCGAUUUUAUUUAAAAAUAUUAUAUAUAAGAAACUAAUAUGUAAGAAUGAAAUGUUUAUUCAAGGAAUGGCUUCUUGAUCUUCCGCUUCUUCCGAACUCGAAAAGCACAUGCUUCCUUAUUGGAGGAUGAAAAAAGAUCGCUCGCUUUAAAGGGGCAUGUAGAUGAAAAGGUUUUUAGAAUCUGAUGGUAACAGCAUGUAAAUCUUCCAAUAAGUGACUAUAGACUCAUUUUUCAACCAACUGUCUUAGUUCAUAAAUUUCAUAAAUAAAUUGCUGUGGUAUCAUGACCAGAGUAUUAUAAUUGAAAAAUAAAACAUUUCUAUUUUUCACACAGAAUUUUUUUUUACAAAUGAUCUAAGCCAGUUUGAAUGCCUAAUGCCGAAUGUCCUCAUUUUCGUGUACGUACGGGCUAUAAACCGACUCAAACACUAAUAAAAAAACAAACAAAAAAAAACAAACAAAAAACUAGAAAAAAGGAAAAAAAGAUAGAACAAGAAAAACAAAUCACGGGUUACCCGGUGUUCACUUGCGAUAGCGAUUUACACGGGACAGAGGUGAAAUAAAACUCGUAUAGCCCGACUACCAUGCUGGUAUAGCCCCGGUCCCUAAUGGGGUCUAAGCUGGUAACAGUAGAAAAAUAUUUUAUGGUUCUAUUCAUUUGCUAGAUAUAAGUGUUUUAUUAACUUCCUUGAUUCAUAAUUGUGAGAAUUGAGGACCACCCAUGCAGGAUGUUCAGCAAAACACUUAUAAUAGAGUUCAAUCCACUGUUUUUUAAAUCUCUACAUACUACUUGAUAUACUAUGCACGACGACUAUGUGACAGCUAUAUUUAAGCUUUAUCCUUGAAGCAGAUCAUCUUAGCCUCAGAAAAUUAAGGGAGAAUUCUCACAUCCUAAAUUUGUUAAGUGCGACACCGGACGGAUUCCGCCAGUUCAAACCGAAAACAAGAGGCUAUCAAUCUCUUCCGACUUGUGAAUGUUUUUAGGUGAAAUUAAUCUCACUUUACUUUAGAAAAAUUAAUUACGAAUUUAUUAUGAAAGUUACGGUUACCAGGCAAAAUAUGAAUUUAAUACGAAAUCAGUCUCAUAUGGAUGUGCUACACGACGCACGUUUAUUGUAACUGGGGAAGUGAGAUAACCUUUGGUACAGCCAUUUAGAGAAAACGUCUUCAGCAGCACUUUCAUUUGGUAUGAAUUUUUUGUCUUAGCCUGCGUGGCAGGCGUUUGAAAGGGAAGGGAAAGGGGGUUUUGGGCGAGAGGGAAACUCAGGCUAUUUUUGUCUCAAAGAAUAUUGCAAAUGAAAUUUUGGCUUUUUUAAUUCCGUUCUACCGCAAAGAACGGCAAAGUGUUAUUCUUGAACAAAAGAAAAUGCCAUCUUCUUCAAAUUGUUACUUCUAUUCCAAAUAGUUGCUGGUUUAUUAUUGCAAAAGUUUGUAAUUUCCACACCAAAAAAGCACGUUUUGAUAGCCCAAGGAGAAAUUCCCCUAGAAAUAAAUGACUGGGAGAAUUGCCAGAAAAAUUUCUAAAACGCUCUUCAAAAGAUACCGUUUUGUGGACGUGGCUUAAAUUCCUUGUUACCCCUAACAAGUUAAAAACCAAUUGUAGAACAGCAAAUCAACUCUGACUGAUGUUAGAUUUUUUAGCACCUAAACUGGUGCCAAGGCUAAAAGCGAAGUUCUUGAAUUACAUACUUACAAUUUAUUUAAAGAAAAAAUAGACUUGACAGAAGUCUUGAAACACUGCGAAGAAAUCUUUUAAAUCUAUGCUUAAUAUUAGUUCGAUCACAAACGUGCACGUAAACUGAGCCACUCUAGCAUAAAUAUGUCAAGUGUUUAAACUUUAUCGCGUUUAAUCAAGGGAACGUGCACUAUUUAUCAAAAAUCAUAUUAUUAAUGCCAAACGGCGACGGCACCAGGAAGGGAAAAAAAUCACUAGGUCUAAUUGGUAAAACACAACUUUGCACGUGCAUCGCGCUUUUUUUUAUAAAUUUUUUUUGUCGUCGUCUUUCACGACUGCAAACUUCCUUGUUACAUGUUUUAUGGAUGAAAUGUCGUAUGUGUUCACAAAAGAUUUUGUUGCCAGUUUGUGCUCCUGUUCGCUUUGUUCUUCACUGCCACUCAUUUUCACCCUGCUGGUUGCUAGCAUUGCACAAUUUCUUACCGCAGUUACAAAAAAUUUCUUGUUGUUCUCGCAACGAAAUACGUCUCUUUUUGUUUAUCUCUCGCUUUAGCUCUUUCUCUGUUAUCCACGUCAGUAUAGACACAAUGAAAACUAAGUCGAAUAAAGACUCGGCUUUCUUGUCUUUUUGUCUCUAGGUCCGCCAAAACGUACUGGUGGUUGAAAGAGAAAUUUCAUAGUAGCUUACAUGUAGGGGCGGACUUACGGACGGCCGACGGACGGACGGGUAGUCACGUAAGAGCCAAAAUUUCUCACUGCUAUAGGUUACCAUUGUCUCUUACCCAGUGUGCACCGCUACCAAUCCACAAUUUUUACUUGCUACGACGACCACGCGGCCCCAUUCAUAUUACCUAGGGCAACACCCCCGGGGUUGACCUCAUAAUGUUCGUUGGAUUGAGAGUGGUAACGUCUGUAGUCUGAGUGCAAAAUGUAUGUUGUGUGUAGCCUGUUUAUAGACUGCAGAUUCUUUACAAGUUUAAGCCGGAUACAGGCCGACUGACUUGACUAACCUAUCGUUUUUCGGAUCUUAUCGGCUGAACGUUUGAAUUAUUUACCGUAUUUAAUUCCUCCUAAUAAUAGCCGUCCCUUAAUUAAUCGCCUCCCCCGAAUAAUCGCCCCCUGCUAUUAUUCGAGGAAAUACGGUAUAUGAAAGAAAAAUUAAUGACUAUCCCGAUUUUCCAUCCAGUUAGAGAACCCAGCCAUUUAACUUGGAUAGAUAAAUAAAAUAAAUUUCAUAUUUGUAAAAUUAAAAGUUGAUUUACUGGUUUUAUAUCAAUGUGGGUGAAAUUCAUUUAAGAUAAGGAAGUGUAGCGUGUGGAAUGACAUGCCUGACCUUGCCCGCUUUAAGUGUUUGGAAUGUUCAAGGCUGAUUAAGAUUUACUAAUGGCAAAGAAGAUUUUGUUCGGCAAAGAAGUCUUUCAGGCAGCCCAGACACUCACAAAAUAGACAAAACGAAACUCACACAGUUACGUUUUCACUCUAAGAUCGGAUCGGAGAAGUCCUGUCUUCACCACGGUACGUACAAAUCAACAUUAGAAGUGCAGCUCUCUGUCGUUCCUUAGUACCCAGAGAGACCGUUUCACACUGAUUUUUUAUCUUACCGUGAGAGAUGGGAUAUGUGUACGUGUGUAGGGAAGGGAGGGGGUAGUGUAUGGAGAGGGCAUGAUGUGGGAUUGGUGGGUUGAAAGUGCUAAAAUCGACCAUGUCUCCCGCGCUUUUGCCGAUGCCAAUGGAAAUGGUAGAUAAUAUUGCUUAAAAGGAGAGACAAAGGGAAAAAAUAUUUAAAACAAUUACUUCAAUUAUUCAAGUGACUAGAAAAAUGAGAAUUUAAACAGCUAAUUGGAAACUUAUGGAGGUAUUAAAUUGUACUUUUAGCGUCAAAACAAUUAACCUACAGAAAAUAGAAAUCAAAGAAGGAGACCAUUAGUUAUCUACCACCGCAUUAACUCACGUUGAAUGUGUAUGCAAUUUCCCUGUUGACAGUUCAGUUAAGUCUUCACAGGCUAAGGUUAAUGUUUUUGUUGUUUUGAAUCGCUGUUGAAUUUAUGUUCGUGACCAGAAGAGAUAAUUACUAGAUUGGCUUCAGUGCUGUAACGGUGGGGUGGUAGAAAAUACGGAUGUUCGGUGGAAAGAGUGUUAAGUCUGAAAACUCUGAAAAGGAAUGCGAAUUUGAAAAUUCAGCACUUGAGGGGGCUCUUGAAGGUUCGCAAUUCUAUCCAGGUCUCAGCAAAUUAGCUGAUCAAAAGAUGCUCCUAGACAUGUGGUGUGCAAAUUUUUGUGGUACCAAUGAGCACCAACUCUUGGUGGUACACAUGAUCACUAAAAGGGCCGUUUAAAAAUCGUAUUGUGGUUCCCCCCUAAUUCACGCUCUGAUAUCAUGUUAUUUAGUAAUCUUCGCUUGCCCGACCCUCUUCAGCAGCUGUUUUCUCCCCCCACGAAACAUGCAUCGGCUCCGGGGGGGGGGGUACUCGAUAUAUCCUUGGGUGGGGAGGUGCGGCUCGGCCCCUCAUACCCUGACCCUGUUUAAGACAGAAUUCCGAUUUUUGAUACCCAGUUUAAGACAUUCGUAGAACAUAAGCGCAGGCUGUUUAUCGUCUAAGAACAUGGUUAUAGGCUCCUGUCUUAGAAAAGAUACCCAGUUUAAGACAAAAAUUGAUAAAAUCGAUACCCUGUUUAAGACAAAAAUACCGAAAAACAAUUCCGAUUUUUGAUACCCAGUUUAAGACAUUCGUAGAACAUAAGCGCAGGCUGUUUAUCGUCUAAGAACAUGGUUAUAGGCUCCUGUCUUAGAAAAGAUACCCUGUUUAAGACAAAAAUUGAUAAAAUCGAUACCCUGUUUAAGACAAAAAUCCCGAAAAACAUACCCUGGCUGGCCGCACGUACCCAUUAAGCCCUUUUAAAGGAGUACCCCCCGGGCAUCAGCUGCACUUUAGGGAUGAACAUUUCAAUGACUAGUGUUUUGAAUCACACUACAAAGGUUUCAUACACAACUGCUACGUAGUUUUAGCGAAUAUAAAGUGAGAUGUGUUUAAAAAUAACAACAAGAAAUAGAAAUGCGAAUUCAAAUGCAUUUCAAGAAAUUUUUUGUUUGCGCUCUAAUCUAAGUAAUUAAGACAUAAUGGCUAAAGGCCAGGUUUGAUUAAUUCCUAUUUAAAUGGCAAUGCAUUUACAACAGUUAAAAGGGAUGCAAAGUUCUAAACGAGGUAUAUGAAAGGGGUACCAUUUGUCAAUAGAAGGUAUACGAAAGGAGUACCUUUUUCGUGAAAAAUAGUAUAUGAAAGGGUAACGGGUAGGACCUCGGGGCGGUGCCUCGCCGUAUAAAAAUUUAUUGAGUAACCCCCCCCCCCCGGGUCUGUUGCUUUGUCAGUAUUAGGGAAGUUUGACUGCAUAUAGAAUCCCGAUUUCUCGAAUACUCGGGUUUUUUUGGAAUUUUCCGAUAAUCCGAACCUGAAACCUAACUGUUCACUUCACCGGUCAAACACUGUAGUGUCUGUAAUUUUUCCCCACGAUUUUUCAAACCUACGGCACUGAAUAAUUGGAACCAACCUGCUUCGAAAAAUCGGGAUUUCAUUCUAAUGUCAAAUAUUUUGAUCGCAAGAACGAUUAUGGCUAAAAAAAGAAAAAGAAAGAAAGAAAUUGGAUUUCCGUGACAAAACGGAUCAAGACUGAAGGUCAUAAUAAAAAGCUCUACCAAACGAAAUUUGAGUUCUGGAGAUGACAACCUUGUCACAAGAGCUUAAUUUUGAGAGAACCCAGGACUGAGAGUUUACAACAAAAAGCUAUUAAUUAUAAGUUCUAAGAAUCUUGACUCUGUUGGAUUAUGGUGAUAGCCUUUUGAUAGAGCCAGUCUAUCUUUAUGACCCUGACAGAUGCCGUGGAUCACAACGAUGAACCCUUCUAGGAUGAUCUGCGCCCUUCACGCGCAGACGCUCAGUCGGUUAUGAUAUAGUAUGGCCCUUUCCUUCGCUGGGUGAUACAUAUCCGUUCCACCGUAAGAUGAAGCAUCAAGUUGCUUCAGUACUUAUCGAACUCUUUAGCACUUUAUUAGAUCAAUAAUCUGAUUUAAUAAACUUUGGCAAACCAAAACAAUACAGUAACAGUGUCAUUUUGAAACGUCAAGGUUACAUCGAUAUAAAAAUCACCUCUGGAUCAUAUUAAACAGAUCAAAAUGAUUACCGUCAAUAUCGCGAAUUUUAAUUCGCGUAAUCAUGUUGAUGGUAAACAGACUUAGAGCGGCGUAGAUUUGCAAAGUAAUUGUCUUAAAUAGAGCUAGUUUAGAGUGACGUCAUCAAUGCCAAGGGCAUCUUUCAUGAAGCGUUUUCCCGUUUCGAGUGACACAUCUUUCGCAUGACUCGCUUGGCGAUUCAUAACCGUCAACAUGAUAUCUCUGUACAUACAUCCCGACUCUCGACAUGAUGGUGAAUUCACUGGAUUUUAUGGACACCCCGAGAUAAUGCUUCGCUGAAUACACAGGUAUUCGACUUAACAUUGUUGUAAAAUCGGUGCUAGGAAAGAUCAUUACCAUUACUAUAAAUCAACAGAACGAGACAAAUAGUUUACCGGCGCGGAUCCAAAUAUUUCUCCUCCUUAUUAUAAGUGUUGUUUACGCUUUCUUUCUUGCCAUAUAAGACACAAUUUGAGUUCAAGUAGGGUUCAUAUUUUGUGUAAACCGCGGCCAGGACACGCUAAUAACUUACAAUCACAAGCAUGUUGCAAAGUGUCAGAUCUCGGCUUGUUUCAUUUCAAAUGCGAACAUUUGUCUUACGUAGUUAAACUGUUUGUGCGAACCGUUUUUAAAGUGAAAAAUGAAACGAAGAAGUUUGUUGCUAUUUUCAUAAUCUACUAGAGGCGAGACUAAAGGGAUUUAGAGGUCCUUCUGAUGUCAAUGUUUCCCUUCAGUUACGUUAGCUCGGGAUUUAAAUAUAUCAUUAAUCAAUUUAAUGAUCCGGCAAACGAGACAAGCCGAGACAAACAUAGUAGUAGAUUAUACGCUAAAACAGCAGCUUAUAUCGAAGACUUUAGCAAAUUUUCAACACUCUAGCUUAUUAACUAAAUGUUUAUUCAAACAAUUGUGAGUUUGAACUAUUGACAAUAACAAUAGUGUGUCAAAUGCUUUAAUUUAUUUCGCAACAAGGGAACAGUUGUCGCCUUCGAAAUUUAUUUUUGUUCACAUAAGAAAUGCAUAUCAACCCUUUUUAUCUCAAAAUAUCAUUGUUUGUAGUUUAAAGCUUUGCUGUAUUUAUUAUUUAGUAUGCCAGGAGUAUAGCUGUGAGAAUUUCUUAAUAAUCGGGCUCGAUCACUUUUCGCUUGCGGAGAUACAUACUAGACGGUAUUUUGUUAUUUCCUUGGUACCCUAUCUAUACCACCAGGGAAGGUUUUGUGUCCAGCGGUUUAAGUGAAAACAAGGUUUUGUGGGGGUUACUCAGUCUCGCGAAACCUCCUUUAGCCAAUCUUAUUUUGCAUUUGCCAUACCAUGUAUCCGGAUCUAGGUCUGUAAAAGGUUUUUUAUUGCAUCGGAAAUAAAACCUUCUAAAUCCCGUUAUUUCAAGUGGUGUCGUCGGCGAACCUGACACUUUCUUUUUUAAGCAUAAUUCAAAAUGGUGUUUCUAAAUAUGGUUUGAAAAGGAUAAAACUCAACAGCGCAGCGGAAACCUUGCGCCAAGGACCGCUGAAAUACUUCUUGGAGCUUUCUUUUAAAUAGUUCAGUAAACUGAAGAAUAUUAUCGGGUCACAAAUUCUAAAGUAAGAGCCACACAAUAAUUAGCAAAACAGACGUUGUGGGUAGAGUUUCGCUUUUAGACUGAUAUGCUAUUUCAUGUGGGACUCAAACUGAGCUCAUGUCAUACAUUUAAUGCUCUUUUGAAGGUCAAGCUCAUGUUUCUUCUUCUUUUGAAUGAAAUGAAAAAUUGUGAUGAUUUCUUCCAUUGUUUAUGGUAGGCCGUAGUAAAGAUGGACCUCUUUAAAUCAAAUUAGGAUGGGCUUCUGAAAUUAACUAAUGGCGUUUAAGUCGGUCCUGUGUUUGAAAUGACUAACUAUACCUUCGUAUAAAGAACCUUUGCUUCGGUACAAGUCUCACUCUCACAGACGUCCCCCUCUCCUCAGAAAAAAUCGGUGAGAGAGAGUCUGUCUCCUGCCACUCGGGCUACAAUCAGGGGCAUCCAACGACUGUUUCACCCUAAAUAUAUUGAAAACACUAUUUAGGCUAACCUGGGGAGUAAAAUGUGGAAAAUUCAGAUAAAAUUGUACUCGAAUGGAACGGUCAACUAGAAAUUUUUAGAAAAUUCUAGGCAAUAGUUGCCUCUCCGAACAGAUAUUUUACAGAAAACAGUCGUUGGGGGUGCCCCUGUGUUGAAAUUUCAAUUUCCGGUGCAGUGGUACCACAUCAGACCUAACAUUUUAGCUUGAAUUGAUAUGAGCGCGCUGCGAAUACCGACACAUGAACACAAUAUACUUUCAGCUUGAUGGUACUUCUGAUCGUCAACUUUUGCCCAGGAGGAAUUUGAAACGUUUAUGUAACGUGUAAGUGUUCGUUGAACUAUUUUUACACACUUGGCGUGACUUUUCUAAUUGGGCGGACUAAUCAUAUCAAUCGUUGAAUUGUCACUUUGCCGGCACAUUUGCAAUAAAAUAGAUCAUCGUCAAUUAGUGUUAACCGAAAAACAAUAACAAAACAAUCUUCAGUUUUUGUUCGUUCGGGUCUGUGUGGUUUUGGUAUUGGUUACAAAAUUAUCCCCAAGACCAUUUAUAGCGAAAUAUACGAAAUCUCCUGCGCUCAAGGUCCGUGCAAAUCCGAUGGCGCUCCAUUUUGUUUGUUGAUGAAGGAGUUGAAAGUUUCGUACGUGCUGCUAUGCAAAUGAUGUUUUAACCUUUUUGUUUUUGAUCUUUUAUUGAGGAGCUGUCAGCCCUGGCUCGAUCUCACGCUAAGUUUCAAUCACAUUUAAAUGUAUCUAUUUUCUAUGCUUUUAUUUUCGUUUUAAGCACUUUCAUUGUUUUGCUUUUUAACGUAAAUGGACUCCCACUAAUGGUUUUUUUUUUCCAUCAAAAGAUACUUAGACUUGAAAGUCACGAACUUUCGUGUAAACUUAUUUGACAGACUUAACAUUUCAGUAUUGUUUAACUUAUAGCAGCGUGAGUAUUUGAAUAAGGUUAAGUUUUAUGUAAAUGCCAGGCCUAAAUAUCAAUGUCAUAAAAACUCUUUUCAUUGCCGACCCUAAGUGUCCUAAGUGAGACUUUGAUUUAUGGAAAAAUCGUGUCAUACAAGGCUGUGAGAAAUCCCUAUUGAAGGCCAAUUGAGUCGUAAGUUAGUACUUUGUGAAUAGACUAGGCUAAAUAAUUUAAGUUCAAGACACAUUUGAAGGACUCUGUUUCUCUGUAUAAAUAAAUGCUUAUUCUGGUGUAUAAAGUCAAUCAGAGGUUACAGAUUACAUUAAAAAGAACGCUUGACCUUUUUAUUACUUUUUUGUGUGGUUUGCCUUAGCAUUCCUUUUUGUAUACACGUCUUCAAAAUGCUAGCUAAUAACUAAAUAAAGGCUUCAUAGAUACUUGAUGUGUGGUUUUUCUGUUAACUGCCACAAAAACCACAAACUAACUUUUGCUUUACCGCCUUUUAGCCGAUCAUUUAAAGCCUACUGAUGAACAUUACGCGGAGUACAGUGCAGGGAGUCACGUUUAUUCUAGGAAUGUUAUUUUUUCCUUAAAAUUACACCUUUUUAUUACGUGCAAUAUAGGAAAUGACGAAUCGGUAUUAAGGGAGUUGUGUCACAAUUUUUCUUUGGUAUUGCUUUUAGACCCUCAAACACAUUUGGAUCAAAGCCUGAAAAUCUAAAAGACAGUUUGUUUAAGUUUGUUUAGACUUACUCCUCUACUCUAGUAGAUUGCAAAACAGCCUUUUUUUGCCUGAAGCGAUGGUGAAUGGCCCUGAAAAACCGAUUGUUUUGCAGUCUACUACUAAACCAAGACAAGUUCAUUUUUUUGACCGUCACCACGUAAGUGGGCUGCAACUUAAAAAAAAAAGUCUAAAAUGGGUCAACGUUUGCCAAGUGGACAAAUUCCAAGAAAGAUCAUGUUAUGUUUCUCGUUUGGGAAAAUCGUUUCAUAUUUUUUUCCUUUAGAGUUCCAUUUAUAAGCUUAAAUGUUAGCUAAGUUUUGACCUAAAAAUGCAUCGUAAAUGUAGCAUGACUGCUUCUCUGGAAUCACCUUCCCUUGGCUGGUACAGAUGACGCUACAUACCAGUUAAUGAAUGUGCUACCUUAAAUGAUUAUUUAUUUAUUUAUUUUUUUAUUUUAUAGUUGGUAUCGAAUGGAUCGAUGUGGCCGAUCUUUUGUCUGACUGUACCCCACUUUGCUUUUCACAAAAUUUCAUUCUCAUGAGAAACGUAACUCUCUCUGGUCACAGAAAGACACAAAGCGGGACCAAACUUAAACGUGAUGUUUGGUCGACCUUCAACAUCAAAAGAAACCUUUUUCAACCUAGCUUUUAUGCAAAGGUCUUGGCGGGCUAAUCAUAAAACAACAUGCCAGGAAAGGUGUGCGAAAAUACUAUGAAGGCUGAAGGGGUGAUAAGGAAGGGAAAAGCAUGUGAGUUUGAUAUCUCAUUGAAAGAUGAGAAACACGAGUGAGCUUUACAAAUGUAUAAAAUAACAAACUACAAGGUCAAAGAAGGAACUAUGGUAGACCUGGGCAUUUUGUCUCUUUACACAUCAUUUUAAAUUUCACUAUUCAUUAUCAUUGUCAAGAAGAGAAGCCGGCACAUCACUUAUCUUUGACACUCGACAAACGUUUUCCUGCUCUGAUGUCAGGACAGCAUGCUCCUUUAAAAGAUUAACAAAAUUUUGAAGGAAAAAGAAUCACCAUCCUCACCUCAGUUUAAAGAAAUGCAAAGCUCUUUUUUGCCAAAAAAAGAAAACAAAACAGAAACCAAACAAAUCAAACAAACAAACAAUAGCACCACUGACUGCCUUCAGGCCCUCCUCGCCAAAUAGUUUACUAGGUGAAUUUAUUUAUGAAUUUAUUGAUCUAUUUAUUAUUUCACCGCCUUUAAGGGAAAUGGCUUUGGCAAAACAAUUUUCUUUUUCGUAUAUGGCUUCUAAAACUUAAGUUGCAGGAAAGGUUUUUUAUUUUAUUUGAGAUUUUUUUUAUCGUAGUAAUUUAACAUGACCAGGCCAAAUCGGACGUAACGAUCGACUGGGUACCGCGUGUUUUGUUUGUCGGUAAGUUAAUUUGAGAACUAUAGAAUGAUGCAGUUUCUCUAUUUUUGAGUGUUAGUAGAUUUGGAGUUUCAGUAAUUUGAAUCUCGAGAUUUUUCUUCUUCUUUCUUUGUUUUAUUUUAUUUAGCGAAUUUCAUCUACUCUUGUUAAAUUACAGGCAGAAAAAUUAAUAAUGAAUUAAGUCUGCUAUGCAGCUAUUGAGUAAAAUUAGGGGCUUGAAGUCUCGAUCUUGAAGUAUCGAUCCUUAUGUUCCGUUUCGUGAGAAAAUUACAACCAUUAUAAAUUACCAAUAGAAAGACCGAUGGAGAUGAUACUAAACAAGUACGUAUACAUCUCAGUGAACGUCUCCAUCAUCCCAUCGCUUUUCAUAUGCAGGAGUUCACCCUCUUUGAAUACAUGUAUUGAGGACGAUGUGAAUAAAAUUUGCAACGGAAGCUCAUUAACCAUACUGUCAAAGACCCGAAAAAUGGAAAGUCUGCUUUUUGUAAUUCGUCGUUAAAGAGUUUGCACGAAACAGUUCUUCAUUCACUACUUUAACUUUUGCAAAAAUAUUACAGGUAGACGAAUCUCAUACAACGGUUAACAGCUUCUUCUUCUUUUUUUAAACCUUGUGUGACGACAACAUUUUAAUAUUUCAGUCGUUCAAUAUAUCGUGCAAUGGAAUAUAAAACCGGCAGACAAGUGCAAAAUUUGUCCAUUUAUAAUUAUAACUAUUGUUCCGGUUAUCUAAAAAUAUAAAUACUAGUCUGUUUAUCUCCAUUACCUAAAUUAUUUUACUUGUUUCUCUCAUUUUUGUUAAGACCGCUUAGCCAUUUUUCAAUUAAACGUUUUAAAAAACUCAUUUGGAAGUUUAUCUAGAACGUGGGAGCCUCUAAUUUCCACCCUUGCCAAAUAUUCUUUAAGAAAAAGAAAGUUUGUGUUGUUUUUUCACAACAUAGGUGACGCACUCUCUGAAAUAUAACUGCGAAAAGGAAAAUGUCCCCCCGGGAAAGUCCCCUGAUCUUCGACUGCGUUCCUGCUGCGUUUGCUGAUCCAUGCAGUACAUUUUGUACUGUAGGUAAAUUUGCUUUCCGUCAUGAAGGAGGUCUCUCUUUGUGAACUUUUUACUCUGAAAAUAAAUAGAACCGUUUGGCUUAUCCUUUGUUUGUUUGUAUGCUUUUCCUCUUACCAUCUGCUUGUAGAAAAUACUAAUUCAAAAGUUAUCAACUAGUCGAUACGGCAUCAGCAAUAUUCAGUCACCUCGGGUUAUUUUUUUAUCUCAUCAUCUCAAUGGAAAUAUGUUUUAUGGUACUUUCAAAGGUAUAGUUCUUCAGUAGGAAGUUUAUUUAAUGGUGCUUUAUCCGGUAUGAUUUUUCAGUCAUUGCUCUGACUUAAUAUCUAUUUACAUGCAUGAUGGCUGCAGCAAUAAAGAACCUUGAAGUCGGCAGGCGAGCGCGUUGAACAUAAUUAACAUAAUUAACAUACUUCUUACCGGGAGCGGAAUGUUUAAUGUGCCCAAUAUUUUCUUCAAUUGUACGGCUCUAAUUUGCCCUUUCAUCUUUUUUAUUUCAUUGAAUUUUAACUAUUUUUUACUUUUUUCAGGCAAAGAUCAGAAGCGGUUGCUUUAAAAGAAAGCGAAUUUAAGAAAAUUCAAACCAGGAUAGUAAAUUCCUAAUUUUGGAGAGGAGGAAAAAAAAUCACAAUCAUUUCGUCGACAUAAUCCCUGCGUUGAAAGUUUUUUGCUAGUAAUUUACCGCGACACUACAAUAACAGUUAAUUUCCAGAAACUUGAAAUUUAACUGAUUUAUAUUCUAGGCCAAUCCGUGAGGUUAUCAGUUCCGCCAGCUCGGGGAUAUUUCAAGGUUGAUAUCAUGUUCACUUGCGAUUAACGAAAGACGUUCAAAUGGCUCUACGAACUCUAGGAUUGUUUAUAUUUUACGCGUUCCUUCUCCAUAUUCCUUCGCCGAGCUCGGAGGAAGUCAAACUUGGCCUUCUGAUCCCAUUUAAACGCACCAAUCGUCUUGGCAACUCUUUUCAUCGCGGACAAUACUACGCAUCUGCCAUGAGCAUUGCUGUCGAUGAUAUAAACCGAAGAUCCGACUUGUUGCCUGGUCAGAACGUCACGUUUAUCUGGAAUGACACAGACUGCGAGGAGGAAAAGACUCUACAAGCGAUUGUGUAUCAACUGACGCAGAGAGUAUCAGCUUUCAUAGGUCCGGGAUGUAGCUGUAACACUUCUGCGAGGAUGGCCGCCUCGUUUAACAAGACCAUGAUUUCGUAUGUAAGUAGCUCCGUCACUUUAUUUAUACCAUAAUUAUAACCGGUGUGUGAUCAGUACCGUAUCUGAGUCCCUUUAGGCUUUUCAUUCUCAGAAGCAAUUUUGCAGAAAUGUUUGUUAAUUUUAAUUUUUACAUAUUUGGACGAAAUCCUAUCGGGAGACCAAUCGAGUAAAAUCCCAAGCGCAGAUUUUUCGCAUGCAACUUUUUGUUUUUCUUUUGAUUAGAUCCGCCUUUCAUUAAACUGUAAUUUACGACACUUUCGGUAUGAAAAUUGAUAUUGGAGGACAUUACCAUAAUCGCUUUGCGAUCGAUUAUGGUCUCUCGUAGAAAAGGAUCCCCGAAAAUAUAGACCACCGUGGUUUUAUUAUAUGAAAUUUAGACAGUAAAACUGUACCCUCAAUAUGUCAACUGAGCAGAUAAGCAAGAAAAACAAAGGGAAAAAAAAGGAAUAUAAAAUUUAGUGCUAUUUUUUUUUCCGGUCGGACCAUCGUGUCUUCAAAGUAGGCAAAAAUGGCCCUUCUGCAAUUUUAUUUUUAUUAUUAUUUUUUUUGUCUCAAUGAAAACCGGUUGUUCAAAAUUUAAACUACUUACCCGGCUUUUCAUUUAACCAAUGGUCGGGGAGAACACUGCAAAAGACAUAUUUUAAAUUGACCAUGUUGACAGUCGUAACAAUAGUAGCCUUGAAUUAAUGCACAAGUUUUACCUUGAAUUUCUUGCUUUUGUUUUAUUCUUCAAUAUAUUACGAGCGUAUCAUGACAUAGUACAUGAAGUGUUCAUUAUUUAUUAUCUUGGACAGAAUUGAAGCUUAACACCAGAUGUAGCCAGAAAAGAUGUGUAAUCCUGGAUGAUUAGAGGCUUUACUAGCGGGGCAUGCCUCUUUUAAAACCCUUGACGCUACUCUAGAGCAAAAUUAUAUCUUGGAUCCCAGUUGUUAAUCAUAAAAAGUCUGCUUCCUUUAGAGUUGCCAAGGAUUUUUGUAUGAAGGAAAUAUUUGUAAAUUCUCUCCGGCAAAUCGGGGAAACUGUCACAAAAAACCGAUAUUUGUUUUACAGAUCUUUUAACUUUUAUCCCAAACCAUUGAGAAGUCGAUUUCAAAUUAAUCAAAUAGUUCAAACCCGUAUUAUAAAACAUCAGCGUCUUCUGUUAAAGGCGUUGUGACUUAACAGACGACGCUAACGUCUCAGACCAAAUGCGUCAAGUAAAAAAAACAAAAAAACGGGACUUUCGACUGAGAUGAAUCUGUGUUUAGUCUUUUUUAUCAUUUUACAAAAGUCUGUGGGUUUUUUUCUAUGAGGUUGUCCUUUUUUUACACCACACGACUUUCAAGUCUCAUGAAACCGCGUUAAAUGCGUUUAACGUCUUUAACAUAAACACGGCCAAAUUUGCUCAAUCAUUGGAUAAAUCGGUAACAUCAUAUCGGUAAAGAACUAAUGAAUUUUUUGUUUUAUUUUAUCCUUCACUUUCAAAUCAAUAGAUGUGCAGUAAUCCAGAGCUGUCGUACAAAAAGCUGUAUCCAACCUUCACUCGUACGUUUGCCGUGGAUACUAAACUUACUCCAAGUCUUCUGUCGCUGCUAAAUUAUUUUGACUGGAAAAGAGUUGCAAUUAUUUACGAAAACGUAACAAAGUGGAUAGAAAUGAAGAAUAACAUGGUGAAACGUUUGAGGGCGAGUGGAAUAACCGUGGCUCUGGAACUACUGGCUCAUGCGACAUCGCAAUAUAACCCGGGAAAUCACACUGAUUAUUACAGAGAUAUCAUGAAAAAAAUUAAACAGGAAGCUCGGAGUAUGUCUUUAUGAUACUUUUAGUUUAUAAACAAGCAGGAGUGUUUAUGACGUUUUAAAACACGAUCUGCGAAUACUGUAUGUGAACUCAAACCUUUCUUACCAUUUUAAAUGAAUGAUAUUCUUUUUCUUUAAGUGAACCUUAUUCGAUCUUGUUAUUGCUGUUGUUUUUUUUACUUUUCGUCGCGAAAGUUGUAUUUUAUCACAUUUAAAGACUUAUUUCUUUUACAUGACAAAAAUGUGGUUUUAUUAAUUGUAUUAAGUUAAUUUCUUGUCGAUUUUUCAUUUCUUUUUUUUAUUGCCACUGUAUUUUCUUUAUAAUUUAUUAAUGAGUUUUUGACGGCAGUAAAUUUUACACAUGAAAUUUCCACACGCACUUUACAUCUAUGAAUCAACGUAUGCGUAUUUGACGUAAUAGGGAAUGUUUUUAAUUUGUAUAGGCGAAUAUGGCGUGAUCUUUUGGUUUAAACAAGAGAAGAUUACGUGACUGUAGAAAAUUUAAUACGAUUUUCAAAAUCUAAAUCGAACCGGAUUUCACCUCCGAGAAAUCCGUCCUCAGGAUGGAUUUCAAUUAAGAAAUCCAAAUCCGGAUUUUUUGGAUUUUCCUUUUUGUCGUUCGAUUGGGAAAUCCGAGAAAGGAUUUGCUAAACUGUUCUCGUGAACAGCGGACUAUCUUGUGCUAAUUAUGCGUGCGCAUACAAGACCGCUGUUCCUAAGGACAGUUUUUCAAAUCCUUCUCGGAUUUCCCAAUCGAACGACUAAAAGGGAAAUCCAAAAAAUCCGAAUUUGGAUUUCUUAAUUGAAAUCCACCCUGAGGACGGAUUUCUCGGAGGUGAAAUCCGUUUUCGGAUUUCGGGUUCGAUUGGGAAAUCCGGAUUUAGAUUUUGAAAAUCUAAAUCCGGAUUUCCCAAUCGAACGCACCCAUUGUUGAGCUCUUCGAGGACAAUGUUAAUACAUGUCUUUAGAAAAAUACAAAAACGACAAAAACAAAAGCAAAUGGAUUCUAAUACGCCUUGCGUUUUAAAAAAGCGUUUUACCGACCAUAGAAGACGUUGCUUCUUGGAGUGUUUGUGUUUAAAUCAUCACAUGAACUGAUUUAAGUCAUUUUUUAAUCUUUUUUUCUUUUCAGUUGUAGUAUUUGUAACCGAUCUCCAUAUAGCUCGGGAAGGAAUGCUGCACGCAUACGACGAAAAGAUGAUCAAUGGCGAUUACGUUUUCAUAAUUUUCGAACUGGAUCAAGCACAAGUAGAGGUUUACUCUAAUCGGCCCUUUAAGUGGUUUUUCAGCAGUUAUAAAGACACUCUUAAUCGUUAUCAUCACGUAAAUGAUGCAUUCCAAGCCGCUUUUGUCUUGGCUAUCAAAAGUCCUUCAUCGAAAAGCUACGUGAAUUUUACUGAGGAGUUAAAAAUUCGUUCUCGGGAUGAGCCCUUCAACAGCUUAGUGUACACUGGAUAUCUGUGGACGGAUAAUAAAAAGUUUCCCGCUAAUAAAACCAAGGUAAGAUAUUGAUUUUACAAGCUAUGACCAGGGCCUUCUUUAGUUAGAAUGUGCUUAAUGCAUUUCCUCACAGUUUGUACUACCGAAACAGGUAGAGAAAGAUACCAUGACAGUUGAUUUUUGUGCCAGACGUUAACGACUUAGCUCACGUGGCUUGGUUUGUGAAGCCAAAAAGGUGAACUUGCGAGGUCACAUACCUUUUAUAUUGCUUACUUUGUUGUUCGUGCUUCUGAGUUAUAAAGCCAUAAAGAGCUGCAACCAAAGGGAGUUCCAUCGAUUGACAUUUCCGCGAACGAAAAUUCGCUGUUUUUGGUUGACAGAGAACGCCAUUUUUGGUCUUAGCCUACGAAACGCUCAGGAAUGUAACCACGUGAGUUUAGCGUUUUGCUUUGACAAACAAGCGACGUGACCUAAGUCGUCAAAGUUGGCGACAAGGUCAACGGUAGCGAGUGUCUUUGACUUUGCUCUAAAAAAAUAAAUUAGGAAGACCAGAGUCUCUCUACGUAUGAGAUCCGUGUUCCCUGAAAAAUCUAAUUCACAACGUAACAACAGAAAUGACAAUCGUGGACAAAAGAAAGUCACCAAGUCCCAGCCACUGCCAUUGCACACCUGAGCCGCCUCAGAGACUUCAGCUAGCCUGGGUACUCAAGUUCAACUCCAUAAUUAAAGGGCUGAUUGUUUGGGUAAGAGGCAUUAACAUAUGUAGAUCGAUAGCAAAGACUCCUCACUGACUGUAUCGGUAACUCAAUGAAUACCAGAAACUCAUUGUCGAAUCUGACCCUUACAUUACAUAAGAAUUCAUUUUGAUGGUUUAGCAUUAAAGCGCUGUUACGUCAAGCAAGUUUUCUUGCAACUUGUUUCCCAGUUUUGUCUCAAGGCAAGUUGCAAGAAAGAAUUGACCAUGAAGAGCACAAUGUUACAUUCCUUAUCACGAACAACGUGAACAUUAGCAAGCGUUACACUAAGGCCCAGUUCAGACGUGGUGCUUCUGCCGUGCCGAACUAAAUUCAGGAAUUAAGUUCGACAAAAGCACGGUAGAAGCACGGCGUCUGAAUCAAACUUUUGAAUUAAGUUCGGCAAGCAAUUAAGUUCGACAAGCGCUGCCGUGCUACACGGCUCUGGCACGGCAGCCGUUCAAACGUCGUGCUUCUGCCGCGCUAAGCAAAAUAUUUCCCCGAUUCUGAUUGGCUAAAAGCACACGUUUAAUUCACCAUAACCAGUUACUGAUGACCAAAUUUAGAAGAAUUUUGAAUUUAACGGGAAAAUGACGUCAAAAAUGCAGCGUUUUCGAAGGUUAAGGCACCGUUAACCGAGAAGACCUGGUUACGAGGUUGAGUUGUUUUAGUGUGAACUUGAAAAAAUGGCGGACAUUUCACUCGUUUCAAGAGUAAGAACUAGGCAAAAAAGUAGCUAAAAACAUGGCAAGAACAACAAGAAGAUAACUCAAAGGGCGACAUCUGCUAUUUGGAGAAUAUUUGCGGAGCUGGACAAACCUAAACGUACACUAUCGAAGAUGAACUAAAAUCAAUGGAUCGAUGGAGGUAAGCAUGUUUUAGCUAUGUUUUUAAACUAGGAACUAUUUUGAAUGAAUAAUAAAACAGUUAUUGACUUCGGCUUUCGUAUCAUAUGAAGAAUUAUGGAGAUCUCGGAGGGUGUUAUCCACCUCGGCCUGCGGCCUCGACGGAUAACACCCUCCUCGAUCUCCAUAAUUCUUCAUAAGAUACUCAGCCUCAUUCAUUAACUGUUAAUUAAUGUAUUUUGGCGAGAUUGCGUUCCCACGAGGAGUUAGGAGGAGAAUUGUUACGAGGUAUCAGUAAAUCCUGAAUUUGGUUCGACUCUGGCACGACGCCUGAAUCAAAGUUGUUUUCCUGCCGUGCUACCGUCGAACCGAAUUAAGUUUAACAAUUAAGUUCGGCACGGCAAAAGCACGACUUCUGAACUGGGCCUAAGUUACACUUUUUGCUAAUGAUUACCGCAACAUAAACGUUGCUGAGCUCAUAUUCAUCUCGGGGUUGCGUUUCACUUAGCACAAAGUCUCCUGCAACUUGUCUCGUAACCGCGAAACUAAAUUGGAGACUAGUAAAAUGAAUCAAUAGGGACCUUAUGAAACUACGAUGGUAACAGGAACAUCAAAAAACACAAUGGGUGUAGUGAGCAAAACAACAACUCUUCAAAGGCAUCACGAUUUUUUGUCAAUUUCUUUGCCUGCUACUACUGUGGCGUGAAAUGAUACCAUUUCAAGUCCUUUUGGAACGUUCGUGAACAGCAAGGCAAUAAAUAUUAAUGUAUCUUUCUGAGCUCGGACGUGAUCCUCUCUCUUCAGCUCCAGCAUAAUUUAUCAACUUAAAAAAAAGACCCAGCGAGUUGGCUGAAUCGAGAAAAUAGGGACUUUAAGAUCCAACGACGCGACGGCAAUGAGAACGUCACUUAAAAAGUGAAUUUGCGUUCUUUCAGUCUAUAUCGCAAUUAUUCCUACCCACUUACUUUUUCAAAUGUAGGCGAACCCUCCUGGAGUUGAAUUCCUAGGCACUGUAUCCAAGUACAGUAAGAGAAAUAAAAUUUCGUCGUUGCUUGUUUACGUCUUCCGUAAAACGCGAAAUUAGGCAUGUUCACGUCGUAGUCGUGCAAAAACGGGCAGAGAAAUGUACAAAAAAGCAUGGUGCGCGUGCAAAGUUGUUUUUUUGCUAAUUAAACCUAUUGGUUUUUUUGACGUUCUCGUUGCCGUCGCGUCUUUGGAUUUUAAAGUCCCUAAUGUUCGAAACGACGCGAAGUAAGAUUUUUAGUAACGUUUUUCGUCAAAUCUUAAGGUACCUUAAAUAAGAGUAGUCGAGACUAACUAACGCUUUUCCCCUUCCUACAGCCGCCUGUGUUUGGAGCAUAUCUAUAUGAUGCUGUAUACCAGUACGCGAUUGCUCUGAACAAAACAAUGCUGAUGAAUCAGACUGUAACGGGUGAAAUCAUUGCAAAAAAGAUGCAAGAUAUUCAGUAUGACAGUAAGUGAGAUUUAGGACUAAAAGCAAACAGAAGUUUUUAAGUGAAUUAUUGUAGAUUGUAACCUUCUUCCCGCUAUCAGAUAGCUUGAAACUCCUGUUGGUCCAUACGGCAACUGAGUAUCACGAAUAGCUGUUGAUAAACAAAUGAACCAUUAGACAGAACGCCAGGCAAACAGGUAGAAAUAUUGAAAAAGAGGAACUGGUAUGAUGAAGUCUCAUUCUGUCAAAGGCUGAAAAAUAAAAAGUUCCGUAUGAAAAUGCAGCUGAAGAGAAUCACGGCAUUUGAAUGUUAUCAGUAUAGCAUUUCGUCCCAAUACCUGAAAAGUUAGAGCCACCUAUUUUAAAAGACGCCUAUCAUUCACCCUGAGAUUGAGAAGCUUAAUAUAUGUAAAACUACAAUUAAAAUAAAGGUAUCGUUGAUAUCGAUGUUUUAACGGACAAAAAAGUGGGAGAAGCCAAAAUAGUUUAUACUUGGAAUUACUGCCCCUUGUGCAUACUCUCUAUUCGUAGAUUUAAAGACAUAAAUUGAGUACUGUUUAAGAAACGAGUGGGAGUGUUUUAUCAGGUUUAAAUACACGAAUUGUUUGAACGACUUUAAAAUCUUUGAUAUAUAUCAACUCAUUCUUAGAUUUAAGGUUAUUUUGGUCUAAAAAACUGGACGUAAAAUUUAGCCGUAUCUUUAUCCUGAUAUAUAAAGACACCCAUUAAACAUUAAUAUCUCUUGUUUUUUUUAAUGAAUUAUUAGUGCGUUUUUGAGGAAUAUAAAAUAUUUUGACGGUCCUUUGUUUUUUGAGAGGGACCUGUUUCAGUUUAAUCAUUUGAUCAUUUCCAAAAAGCCAGUACAUUUCUUUAACCCUUUCACUGCCAGAGUGAAUGUUGAAGUCCCUAAGGUAGUUCUAACUUUUGAGUCUGUGGACAAAAUCCUGUGAUGUGACCAUUCAAAUGAAAGCUCUCUGCCUGUACUUUCAUAUGGUGCUUUUGUUUCCAAAAUUUUACAAAACGAAAUUUGUGGAUUUUUGUUGAAUUUUGCCCUUGUCCACACUUGGCACUGAAAGGGUUAAUGGUUUGAACGCUCAUUCAGUUGUUUGUUUUUUAGGCAUACUUGGUUACAAAAUUCACUUUGACAGCAAUGGUGAUGCUGAGUUUAACCUGACCUUGCUUGACAUGCAGCUAGUAGGUAUGCGAGUGUUCUUUCAGUUCUUUGUGCCACGUAAGGCUUAACCAAGGACGUUCAUCGAUUUGAAAUAAAUAUUAAUUCUCUAGAAAUGUUUGUUAAAAACGCAUCUCUGCUUUGAUCUGGCUGGGUAGUCCUGAUUGUCAGUGGAAUUCACGAUCUUUACGACUGGACUGUUCUGUCCUGCGGCCAGUUCUGACAUGUGGUAAGCGCCCUUAAGUCAGCCGGAGACCCAGAGCAGUUUUUCGUUCAUUGUACAGCGAGCGCGCACCAAUUUUAGUGUCGAUAGCCCUUAUCCAAUAGGUGUUGCAUAUUAUGGACGGUUUAUCAACCGUUUACGAGAGAAGACUGAAAAUCUUCAUUCAGUUUAAUGAAAUUGCCUGUUGUUUGUUUUUGUUGUUUGUUAGGAAACAGCUCAAGCCAUGAGAUGAUUCCAGUAGGCGAUUUUCAAAUCAAGUUUGACAAUGCAACUAAGGAAGGUGAACAAGUCUAUGUUCCAAGGCCAGGCGUUACUAUCAAAUGGCCCGGGGGUCGAACCGGACCCCCACGGGACUCCCCUGAGUGUGGUUUUCAUGGAGAGCUUUGUAUAGAACCAAUAGGAGAAGGUAAUAUUUGUUAGCUAUGUGGCGAGAGCGUAUAUAGAGUAAUCAAAGUACGUCGCGUCUGUUUCAUUUUCGAAUUAACCUGAUCUACGUCGUGGGUAAAUUUUAUUCCUGGUUUAAAUUAUGUUUUUCUUUGUUUCAAACUCAUCUGAUACCAAAAACGAAAAAAAAAAUGAAAUUUAUCAGAUAAAAUUGAAAAAUAAGAACUCGAUAGAGUUGGUGGCAUUCCGUCACAGAACAAGCAAAUAAGACUUACAAAUUCCCAUAACAAAGUUUGGGCAUUCACGAUUUUUAUUAGGAGAAAUGUAAUUUAAAACGUUAAUUAACAAGUUUGUUUUACAGUUGAAGCUCUCCACAACGACCAUCGUGGGGUCAGAAAAAAGUGGCCGUUAUAGAGAGGUUAAAGCCCAGUUCACACGUAUCCGGAUAUUAGGCUGAUUUAGCAACAGAACGGGAACGUCAGUUGACGACGGCGCGCGCAAAUCAAACAACUGUCUUGACCAAUGGCAGAGCGGCAAAUUGAGCACCGGAAGUCGAGUUUAGUCCUUUCCGCGCGCUUUCCCGUCGUCAAAUGACGUUCCCGUCCUGUUGCCAAAUCAGCCUAUUUUUGAAUCGGCAACUUUUUCUUUCCGGAUACGGCUUCCGUCCACACGUAUCAGGUGCAUCCGGCAUACGAAUCCCCUCUCCAGAACGAGAAAUGUUUGAAUUCGCUAUGAUUCCGGAAUCGAGAGGACGCUAAAUCAGGAUUUUUUUAUAUCCGAUGACGUAACAAGGUCGAGUCCAGUUCUUUACCGUGAAUAAUGUAUCCAAGAUGGAAACAUCGUUCCCAGGUUCUCUCAAGGCAGAGCAAGAUGCAAAUUUCGCGCUCUUGACGACGCAUGCUCUCUUGCCAACAUUCCCAGAGGCGUCCUAGGUAUAAGAGUUAAUCCGGAUACGUGUCGGAUACGUGUGGGGGGUAAAUUCGAUUUGAUUACGGAUACGCGUGGACGUGGAAAUCUUAGAAUCCGGACAGGAAAAAUUACGGAUUCAAAAUUCCGGAUACGCGUGGACGGGGCCUUAAACAAGGGUCAAUGUAUGGACUGUGAGCCAAAAAAGUGGCUGUUUUAGAGAGGUGGCUGUUAGUGGAGGUUCGAUUGUAUUACCACUGAACUGAACGCCUUCAGCAAAUUUUAAAAGGAAAAUUUCAUUCUAGUUCUUGCCGAGGAAAGGCAAGCACAGUGUUCCAGUAAAACCUUCGGGAAGUUAACUGAAAUGUGUGUGUGUUUCCUUUUCGCUGCAGAUGUAAAAACUAAAAUCAUAGCUGGGGUAUCUGGUGCACUGGGCCUGUUGGCCCUUCUACUGCUAUUGAAUAUUUACAGGUAAGUCCCCACAAGAGAAGCAGUAUUCUAGGAUGUAGGUUAAAUGCCUUAAAUGUGCAAGAUCAGGGAUUUUUUAUUAUAUUUUGGAGUUAUAGAUAAUUCCUUGCCAUUUUAAGUCACGCCUUGAGCAGGCAUCAUGUGACCAUUUCUCGAGGAUCAUUGGCCGUUUUUAUAUUAUAGGACGCAUUAUCCGUCUGGACGAGCUUGUUCAAACAUUUGUAGUUCGUUUGGUUAUGCGUAUCAAGUAUAAAGACGGGCACUAGACGCAUUAUGCGUCUGGACAAACUUUCUUUCAAAAUAAGUCUAGAAAGUCUUGAAUGACGCACUACGAAAGGUAGUUCGUCUGGACGUAUAAUGCGUCUUGUGCCCGUCUUUAUACUAGAGACGCAUAACCCGGACGAACUACAAAAUGUUUGCCCAAGUUCGUCAGGACGGAUAAUACGUUGUUAGUAUAAAAACGGCCAUUUUCUGACUUCAUCUUCCCGCACAUGCUAUCUUAUUGUAAGGAACGACGUUCUGUUACAGCUCUACAGUGAACCGAUCCUUAAUCAGACGCUGGGACUUGUCUUAUCUUCAAGAAGGAAAAGCGAGACCUUGAAUACCACAUGUAAAGUUCUUUCAAGUUGAACUGGCGAACAACAAAGCAAAGUUACUAAUUAUACUAUAAAAAAAACCCAGAUAAUAGGUUGAACACUAAAUAAAAAGAUUUUGAGAUUUCUGUGCUCCAUUUUGUAGGCAGUACAGAUUGGAGCGGGAACUUAAACGUCUGCUGUGGAAGAUCGACUACAAUGCGCUCAGUUUUGAGAGGAAGAGAAACUCCGUUACUUCCUUUGGAAGCAACCUGGUAAGAAAUUGAGAAAAAAUUGAUAGCGAGCGUUCGACUGAUUGAUUACUAUGUCUGCUAAUACAGGUUCAAAAUCAAUCUAAGGGAGUAUUAUCCUGUUUUUAAAUCACCUUUCCAUUGUUUUGGAAACGUUAUUUUUAAUUUUCAAUCAGUGGAAAAACAGGUUAUUGUUGUUUGCACAGGAGACCAGAGGUGGUUUUGUUGCUCCUGUUCCACCUCAGUGACCACAAUAUCGACCUGACAUCUAAAGCAAUGAAAAUUAAAUCAGAUAAUGUCUAGGUGCCUUGGUCAUCUAGGAAAUAAUGACCUCUUGCUACGCGCUCGCUCAUUCCUUUUUAAGAAAGCCUCGGAACUCAGGCGCUAUUGUAUGUUGGGUGAAUUAAUUUUAAGUUCAGAAGUGUUGUCAGUAGUGUUUGUGGUCAUGUAACAGCUUGGUUUGUGUAAAAACUGCCGUAAUAAACAGAAUUGAAAUUUGCGCAAGGGAAGACCACAAAUGCGACCGGAUCACAGGUACUAUGACGUAAAGAAAUCUCCCAGUUAAAUCUUCCUCGGAUAGAAGCUAUCUGCAACACGGUGGUCUCAUUAUAAUCAGUCUGUGUCUCUCAUCCACACCGUGAAAAAGAUCGUGUUUCAUUUCCUUAACCCGUCUCUAUUACUUAAUAUAAUUAUAGUCUAUCUUAAAAUAUCAGGCUAAAAAUUUGUGUCUAUCAGGCUCACGGGGUGGAAGGAGGGGUGUUGUUUUGUGUAGCGCCCCCACUCUUCUCCAACCAACCCUUUGUCGGUAGAUAGAUUCUCGCGGUGCACGCUUCCUUAGCAUAAGGAGACGGACAAAAGUUUCGCUAGUGAAUUCAUAAAUAAAAUACCACACAGACUUUUAUAUAUAUAUAUAUAUAUAUAUAUGUUCUGAAAAUCAACUCGUUCAUAAGUUUAAUUAUAUCAUCUUAUAACAUUAUUUACUUUUCAUGAAGCAAAAAGAUCCUGAUCCCGAUAUGUUAGCGCCUCUUCUCGAUGACGAUGGGGAGCUUUACAAUAACUACACGGCUAUUGCAGUUUACAAGGUAAUUGUAUAAGUUUUUAUCUUGAUUCCUUUCUUGAUUAUAAUAUCUGUUAAACGUGCAUCAAAAUGAAAUCGUACCAGCUCUAAUAAUUGUCAAAAUUAGUACGCUUAUUCAAUUCGUGCGUAAACCUACCAGUAUAAGGUUCAUUGUCCACCAUCGGUUAGUAAGCAGAUUGAAUAAAAAGGACUUAUCUUUGUUUAAAAAAUAAAUGUUAUUUGGCAAGUGUAAAGGUUAUUUUAGAACCGUAUAUAAUUGGCUUUUACUAGUCAUUCUUUAUUAUUGAAUUCCAUUUCAUUGACCAUGACGAAUCUCAAAUCUUAACUCACAUUGAUUUAAAAAGAAAUCUUUCCUCACAGGUCAAGAAUCAGGUGGGUAUCUAACAUACCCAAUUUAUUUAACUCGGAAAUCAUGGAGUAAUGCUGUUAUUUUCUAGAAGUAAGUUUUCCCUGUCUUUUUUGGCGCAGGGAAAUUUGGUUGCGGUUAAACGGUUGGCCAAGAAAAGUGUUGACCUGACAAGAACUGUGUUGAUGGAACUCAAACAGGUAAUCAAUCAUAAAAACUAUGUGAGAUACGCCUUACAAAGUAGAAUUUACAUGAAUCCUUUUAUUAACUCUAUUCAUUCUGGGCAUCUCAAAUGAAGUAACAGCAAAGGCUUUGAAAUUUGCUACCUUUUUAACGCGAAUUUUGAACAGAUGUACGUUGAGAGCACACUUUAGUCGGCUUAAAUCUCAAUAUCUAUCUUAGUGGUUCUACAAAUCGUACUCAGCCUGUAUUUCCAUUUUCUGUGAUGAGGGGGAAGGCGAUUUCGCGAGCGUUAAGCACUUUUCACUACCCAUCUUAGUUUUAAAGAAGAUAAAGAUUAGGGAGAUUAGAAAAUGCUACAGUGGGAUGCGCUUCAGAAAAUAAUUGGAUCGAUUUUUCGUCCUUGUCUGCCAACUAUACCCCUAAGUAAGUGUUAAUGUUGGCCUAGGGGAGGGGUGGGUGGGCAGUUUUCCGGAAACGUACAAUCAUUCCUCCUAUGUUGGAAUGCAGCUUACCGUUGUUGUCUAAGCUAAAUGUUUCAAGCCAAACCCUGCAAUAAAAACAUUUGGUGUUCUCUUAAAGGGGCUGUGUCACGGCAGUCCAGUUCAUUUUGUUUAAUUUUGCCAAUUACUCGCCCUCAAUCGGUAUGGAACUUAAAGUAAGCAAAGAAAUUACAGGUAAAUGACAAAAUCAGAGAUCCGAGACAAACAAAUACGUCUCCUCAGCAUUAUUUUUGAAUUUGCAAGCAGCAGGGAAUCAACUUUGAAAACCUGUUAAGCUGAACAGUUUUCAAAAACCCUAAUUUCAAUCCGUUUCAAUCUUCUUCAGUUUUGCCCAUCCCUGGCAUCUGUUGUUUCUGUUAUGUUAUUUCAACCUUCCUUUAAAGUUUUAAGCGGUUAUUUUUACGUUUCUCUUAAUUGAACGGGUAUUUUGUCAUUUCCGUAAUUUGGCUGAAUUUCGUGACACGGCUCCUUUAAGGCAGUAAACGUUUUGAUUCUCAUUUAUUGGCCUUAUGCUUUUCAGACCAACAAAUGCUUUUCUGUGUGUGUGUGUUUCCCUUUUUAGAUGCGGGACAUUAGGCAUGAUAAUCUGAAUCCAUUUAUUGGCGCCUGUGUUGACUCUCCUAACAUUUGCAUUGUUUCACAAUACUGCUCCAAAGGAAGAAGUCUUCAGGUGAGGAACUGAGUGAUAUGUGAUGAUACUUUCUACCACUUAAUAUAAUAUGAAGGUCUAAAGCGUGUUUUAGGUAACUGCUGAUUUAAUGAUUUGCAGGAUAUUUUAGAAAACGAUGAUGUUAAGUUGGAUCACAUGUUUAUUGCGUCUCUUGUGUCGGAUAUAGUAAAGGUAGGUUGUAAACUUUUUAACUAUUUAACAGUUAAUGAAUGAGGCUGAGUAUCUUAUGAAGAAUUAUGGAGAUCGAGGAGGGUGUUAUCCGUCGAGGCCGUAGGCCGAGGCGGAUAACACCCUCCGAGAUCUCCAUAAUUCUUCAUAUGAUAAGUCCUAGUUUAAAAACAUAGCUAAAAUAUGCUUACCUCCAUCGAUCCAUCGAUGUUCAGUUCAUCUUCGAUAGUGUACGUUUAGGUUUGUCCAGCUCCGCAAAUAUUCUCCAAAUAGCAGAUGUCGCCCUUUGAGUUAUCUUCUUGUUGUUCUUGCCAUGUUUUUAUCCUAAUUCUUUUCUUGCCGUUACAUUAGCCGAGAGAAGCUAUUUUUUUCUCUGAGAAAACGUCCCAAUUUGUUACUGUCAAACUCCAAAACUCCAAAAACGUCAACUCCAAAAUAUUUCAGGAUUGUUUAUUGUGUUAUGACCAAUCAAAAAUCGAAGAUCAUACUUCUGGUGUUCGUGCUUUUCUGAGUUUCAAGUGAAAUAACAAAAGUUAAAGAGUUUAUUCACCCGGCCUUUUUUGUUUGCAGGGUAUGUCUUAUCUCCAGAGCACUGACAUCAAGUCACAUGGAGACCUCAAAUCUUCCAACUGCAUGGUGGAUAACCGCUGGGUACUUAAGAUUGCUGAUUACGGACUCCCAACUUUAAGGGACAAACAAGCGAAAAUUUACCCAUCUGAGCAUGCGUAUUACAGAGGUAAAAGUGAAGUAUUAGAUCGCAAUCACGAAUGCCAUUGAGUAGUGCAUGAAAGACCCGAAAGCUCGAGAUCAAAUCUACCUCAGCACAUCCCCAGUUCCUGUUAACUUUGCAAAUGCUUCGCAAAACAAUAGGCCAUGCAAUUUCUUAAAGUAAUUUUUAUUGUAAUGUUACGAUCAUCAUCAUCGUCAUCAUCAAUUUCAUCAUUACUCCCGAUUUCAAUCAUGGUCAGCGAUGUCAUAUUAUCGCCUUCAUUUAAAUGCUCCUCCGCCAAAAUCAACGAACCUUGGUCAACUUCUACAAACGUUUUUAAAUUCCAUUUCCGGAGCACGCUUUCACAAGUUAACUGCUGAAUAUCUCUAUCUAUCCUCGACUAUAUUAAUUUUCUCACAUUUACUUUUCAUCCUGUUUUAGAUCUUCUGUGGGUAGCGCCAGAGAUUCUUCGACUCCCAAAUCGACCCAUCAGAGGGACCCAAAAGGGUGACGUUUACAGCUUUGCUAUUAUCCUACAAGAAUUUCACACCCGCGAAGGACCCUACAGCUCAAGUUAUAUGGACCCGAAAGGUAUCAGUAAAUUUCCUUAUAGAUUAGUAGUUGUGGUUCUUAUGUUGUAAAUUAUGUUUGUUUUGUGUCAACCAUAAACGAAAACUCGGUUAUUUACGUAAUGGUUACAAGUUUAAGGUGCUUUCAGUCGUUGAGUUUUAGGUAAAUGGGUUCUGAGGUAUUAAGUACUCCAGAGUUUUCCCCAUUCUCGGCAAGUCCAUCAAUGACGUUGAGUUACGUGGCUUUAAGCUCUGCGGCAUUAACGAGAAAAUGAAAAGUUAGGAGUUGCGCCUCAUUUAUGAAGUUGGGACAUGUCAGCCCCGUGAUCAUAACGGUGACUUUCAUUUCCUUUAAGAGUCGUGAGCACGGGCGUGUUCCCUUUGUUUUUAAUUCGCAAAACGACGUCGCAGCUACAAAAUAAAGGGCCGAAGCGUCUAGACAUUGAAAACAACAAUUUGGCAUUCACAUUUUAAACAAUUUCUGUGUUUUUACAAAGUGCUACGCCGAUCUUGAACUCUAAAGUUCUAAUUACAAGAAUCUAAUUCACGAUUACCGAUUGAUGUAUCUGGGUGGCGAGAAGGUGAACAACGUUGCUUGUGAAAUGAAAGAACACUAGAGUCUACAUUACCCCGCCUACAUCCCUGUAAUUGCAAUAACAAUACAAAAUAACAAAGAUGGGUUGGGAAGUUUAUUUGGUAUAUUAGACCCUUUUUUAAUAAGAACUGAAACGAGACAUGUUUUCCCAGGGAAAAUUAAUGGUUAAUAGAAGAAACUGGGUACCACAGUUGGGAUUCUGAGCCAACCUGCGCCUCAGAGAAAACUUGACCUCCUGUUAGGUCCGUCUGGGAGCCACCUUCGAGAUCCUUAUUCUGGGCCUCAGGCUGUGUACCAGGAUUUGAGUACGCACUAUGAUUGGGCUUGUAUAAAAAGCCAUUGCUCGAUUGGUCAAAUUCGAGUCCGCCGGGGGCUCAGAACAAGGAUCUCGGCGCCGUGGCUUUGCAAGCCUGUUCUAGGCUCCAAGAUACCAAUGUGCAGAGUUCGUGCGCGUCUUCUUUUUCCCUUCAGGCUGAACCUUGUUUUCGGAAGCUCCCUACUACUAUCUGAGAGCCUUGCACAGGCUACGGCUUCACACACGUGACUAGUCGGAGUUAGAUUACUUCUUCGACGCAGGCUACAGAGCGCCUUGAUUUUGGUAAACAAAGGCUAAUCAAUUCCUACUGCUAUUAAACCUUACAGAAAUCGUGGACAAGGUACAGAAUGGAGAAUUUCCGCCUUUCCGUCCAACGGUAUCAGAGCUGAUAACUGGAGUUGAAGAGCUGCGUGAACUAAUGAAACAGUGUUGGGAGGAGAGCCCAGAUUUACGGCCGGACUUCCACGAGAUCAAGAAGAUCAUGAACAAGAUCUUAACCAACAACGGAAUGUAAGUUACCGUCAUCAAAAAGUGUAGAUGGAAUGAUGUUAUUAAAACGAGGAACAGGGAACAGGGAUCGAAGAACGAGCACAGGGACCUAGGACAGGGAACGCGGUGAUGAAAACACGGGGAGAAAAGAAAGAAUGUGAAACGAAGUUACUGAUAGGGUUAGGGUUUCAUCUAUUAUUUCCCAUUUUCCACUUUCCACUUUCCACGUUCCCGUGCACAUCAGUUCCGUUUCCCGUUCUUCGUUUUAGUAAUAUAGUUUGUUACAAAUAUUGUCAUUAAGCAUUGUUUUUUUCUAAUAGAGAACAUUUACUUUUAACGACAUUCACAUUUACAUAACAAUCAAAAGGAAGAUAAUUUUAGUAAUCAAAAGGAAAAUGCGCUUCAGCAUUUACGGGAUAAAAACAUUACCGGGGCUACUGUUACUCUUACUGCUUCCGGUAAUUUAAAGAACGCUUCUUAAACCAACCUUGUUAGCUUCCUGUUAAUGACAUCACAGACGUUUCUUUCGUUUUUGUUAUUUCUUUUUGCACUCAAUAAACAAUUGUCACCAAACGAGACUUAACACACAACUGAGUAGGAAAAGUCAAAGAGACUUACUGCAUCCGACUUGUAAGAAAGAGUGAUUCAUUCGCGCACAAGAGGCGAUUACCUUCUUCGUUUCGGUUUUUCCUUUAAGGAAGACAAACAUUUUUGACAAUGUGGUGUACAUGAUGGAGAAGUAUGCGGAUAACUUGGAGGAGCUCGUGAUCGAAAGAACUGGACAGUUAAUUGAGGAGAAGAAAAAGACAGACGCUCUUUUGGAAAGGAUGCUCCCAAGGUGCGUUCAUCUAGUCUGCGUUGGAGACAAUUUUUUGGUGUGUUUUUUGUCUGUGGUUCGUAAAGUGAGAUGCAAAGCCGCACGAAAGCCAAACAGAGCUCAAACGAGAAAGCGAUGGGGGAGGGGUGAGAGAAAGAAGGCAGAGUGAACUAAUCUGUCUUCUUUUAUUCUCUUUUGACCUCUUAUUUUACGAAACACAAAAAACGCACCAAAAAACUGCCUGCUAAGCAGGCUAGCGUUGGUCUUACUUUUAAUUUUAAAACUGUGAAAGGUUUGAACCUAUGGAGUCAUUUCAUAAGUAGGUGGAGUAUGAACGUUCUGGUGAUUACCGUAGUCCUGAACAGGACUGUUGUUGACAGUGACGAACGUUUCGAUAACCUGUGCGGUAGCCAUCUUUAGAGUUAAAGGGACUUGUAUCACGUCAGUCGAUGGUCUUAAAAUCUAGUUAUUGACCUGAUUGGUCUAGUAAUUGUAAGCAUUAAAAGCUGAAGAGCCAUCCCAAUAACACUAGGGGCGCCUUGAAAGGUUAAUGUUUGAUACGAAUUAGUAGAUUUUUGUUAACAUUGUUGAUCAUCGUUAUUUUAAACUUUUCUACCAGACCGGUGGCAGAACAGCUCAAAAGAGGCAAAGCAGUUGAAGCGGAGAGUUUCCAUGAAGUUUCAAUUUAUUUCAGUGAUAUUGUGGGUUUUACCGAACUCUCGGCAGAGAGUACUCCCCUUCAAGUGAGUAUAUUACGCCUGUAUCGAGCCAUUUAACUUAUGAAGUCUACCCACGUUGUUAAGUUUCCAAGUAGUAGGCAAUGAAAAUCGUGGUCAUGUAGUCUUUGUUACCAUUGUCCUCCUCCCUUUGCACUUUCUCUCCAUCCCGCUUCUAUAUUAUCCUCGUCAUCAUCCUCAUCCUCAUCGUCAUCAUCAUCAUCAUCAUCAUCAUCAUCAUCAUCGUCAUCGUCAUCGUCAUCAUCAUCAUCAUCAUCACCGUCAUCAUCCUCAUCAUCGUUAUCAUCAUCGUCAUCAUUUUUUUUCUCAUCGUCAUCAUCAUCAUCAUCAUCAUCAUCAUCAUCAUCAUCAUCAUCAUUAUUUUCGUCGCUUUUCGUUCUCCUGCCUUAAUCCUUAUCCUCCCAAUCGCCUUAGUUCUCAUUGUCGGCCAUCAUCAUUAUCACUUCCGUCGUGUUUAUCUUACUUAUUGCCAUUUUUAAUAUUUCUACUAGAUAUUUCUUUGUCGUUCUCGCUGAUCAUUUGUUUUAUUUUGGUGGCCACGGUAGGUUUCGAGGAAGCCCUUAGCACAUGCAAAACAAGUAUUUUUAAUACAUCAACGAAACAUUUCAUUUUCUCAACAAUGUCUGCAGGUUGUGACUCUACUAAAUGACUUAUACACCUUAUUUGACGAUAUAAUAAGUGAAUACGAUGUAUACAAGGUAAGAUUUGUGAAUUAUUGUCUUAUUGAUAAAAUAAUGGUAAACAGUUUUUCCUUUUCCUCUCUGAACAUUUUAUUGGUUGCAAGGAACCACUACUACCGCUUUAACACAGAAUAAAGUGGAGAAUUGGAAAGGAGGUCAGCUUGAGAUAAGAAGGACCUUAUAUGCAGAGAUAAAUGAUAUUGUACGCAAGACUCUUAUUUUUUUUCAUUAUCUUUGACGGAGUUUAUGUCAAGAUGAAAUGAUCAAUCAACCAGUCUUUCAACUGGUAAUAUAAAGUAAGGUUCAUAAAGUUUUCAUAGAGUACCCGCCGCAACCAUAUCUGGGUUCGGUCUUCAUAUAUUUUUGCGCGUUUUCGACGCCCUCUCCUGGUUAAACUGAAACUUCACACAAAAAAAAAUUGACAGGUAGGUUCAUGCGUCCAAAUGAAAGGUAGCAUGGUCAUUUCUGGACCAAACGAAUUGUUUUCCCAGUAUCACGUUUUAUUUAUUGAUUUAUGUUAAGGAGGUUGGACAGAACUAAAGCUUAAAGCAUGAUGCUUGAUAACGCAAGCUGCAUGGUUUAAUAACUGUAAUAAUUUGGGCAGAAAUUAAUGCUGAGUUUUGGCUGCUAUAGGCAAAUUAAUUACUUAACAUCUUAUUCCAUUAAAACUGAAAAAUACAAUUGUUUUUAGUUAGCGUAUUAUGUAGCUCUGAUUAAAAAAUACAAUUGUUCAUUUUAAAUUGUAAAUAGCUGUGAGAAAUUUUAUGCCUUUUAGUACUUAUAAAAUGUUGUUCAACCCUGCAAAUCGUUUUUAUAUAAGUAAUACUGUUUAUUAGUAUUAUAAAAUGUGUCGGUUAAAUUUUCGACUUGUAAUUAAUGAAAAUGUUAGGCAUUAAUUUGAAAUGUUAAACACAAAUUAAAACUCAGGGGUAAGGACACAUCAUAUCGACUUUAAAUUGUAAUUUUGUUUUAAAUGACAACGUAAACAUCUAAUCCACAAAGCGACUGCUACGAUCAAUUUCAAACUCAGCUUGUUUGUUUUUUUUUUUUCGCUGCUUAACGGGAUAAUGCUACUUAUUUUUGCAAUGUCACAAUAAAAUGGGCUGGUUUUUUGUGAUGGAGGGAGGGCUUCUGGAUGUAGAAACCGAUGAGCAAAGCCUGCUAGUCUAAAUUACCUAAAUUAUAGCCCGAACCUCAUAGCAAAAUUUCUUUAAAAUUAUAAAACACCUAUCCAAUGCUAGUCCUUGUAACAAAAUUGUCUUCAGUGUCAAUAUUUUUUUAUAUUUUAAUUUUAUUAUAUUAAAAUAUCGCAAAAAAGCAUAAACUUCGCGAUAAACGUUAAACGUAGGGCUCGUUCAACCUCCAAUUUCGUGCCGUUGUUUGCUUGUACUCUAGUGCGCUCCUUCUGCCCGGCAGGUGGAGACAAUUGGUGACGCAUACAUGGUGGUAUCAGGUUUACCAAUCAGAAAUGGGCACGAUCACGCAGGAGAGAUAGCGCGCAUGGCGUUACAUCUGGUCGACGCUGUGAAGAAAGACUUUACAGUUCGACACAAAAGUGACUACAAACUCAAGCUACGCGUUGGAAUACACAGUGGUAAUUCUUCGUUGUCUAUAGUGAUGUAAAUCAUAACUGAGUCAGUUUAUUACAUUUUCAUAUACCACCGUCUAAUAAUUUUAAUAUGAGGCUACCCUGUAAUAUCCUUAAAAAUUAGAAUUUUUGGUCUUUUAUUAAUCAGGUAAUAUUAAGCAUCGUUUCACCUAAGAUAUAACCAAAACUUUUGGCAAUAAAAAUAAAGGAACAAAAAAAGUGUCAAAGCACUACUGAAGAACGGUGUCUUUUGCUGAAAAAUGUUAUGAAUUCAUUGCUUUUUUUCCAGCUGACGAAUCACUAAUGAUAAUAAUAAAAAUAAUAAUGAUAAUGAUAAUAAUAUAUAAUAUCGAUAAUAAACGGACAAAAGUGGCAAUAAAACACGGAAGGGACGGAAGACAAUUGCAGUUUUACAUGCAACUUUGGCAGUUGUAAAUGAAAGUAUGAAAAAAAAAAAUCACCAAAAAGGAAGCGAGUUUUUAAAAGUGAUCCAGAAAACCUUAUUCGUUCUUUUUUGUUAAUUUCCCGUGAACAAUCAAUUCCCAUGACUAUUCUACCCUUGUCAUUGUUGAAAUAACAAAUGUAAGCAGACGAGCAUAUAAGCAGGUUUGAAACGAUACAUGGCGUCACUUGGUUUUGGAAAUGGAGCAACAUAUCAACAAAGCGAACGAUCGAGGUCUACUGAUUACCACUUUAAUGAUUUUUUUCCUCUUAGGUCCCGUUGUAGCCGGUGUGGUUGGUAUAACGAUGCCCCGGUACUGCCUUUUUGGUGAUACUGUCAACACUGCGUCAAGAAUGGAAUCGAAUGGGGAAGGUUGGAGUUCAAUUAGACUUUCUUCUUCUAACUUUCUUUCAUCUUGUACUACUUUUCAAAACAUCAUCAGCAGCUAUAAGAUAGCAAUAAUGACGAUGAUGAUGAUGAUGAUGAUGAUGAUUUCUUCUGGUAUUGCUGUUCUUCUUAUUAAUCACGAUAACAAAAAUAAAAAUGUAUAAUAAUAACAAUCAUUACUACUGACAGUAAAAAAAAGGGAAUUUGCCAGCGAUUUGCUCGUUUCUCGUAAGAAAUAGUCACUGAAUUUGUGUCUUUGUCUGUCAGAAUAGCAAACCCACAAUUGCAAUGAAGGGGACUGAGGUAGAGUAAUGUCGUACGUCAGGUCGGCUCCUGCGUGCGUUAUCUGUUUGCAAGCCAAUAGAGCCUUUUUUUUAUACAGCACGGAAUUUAACUUAUUUCUAGUUGGUUAUUACCUUUUUCUUUGCCAAUUAACUUUUAGCUUUAAGAAUCCACAUAAGCGAAGUUACGAAGAGAAUACUGGAAGCCAUAGGAGGCUUUGUUGUCGAGAGCAGAGGCGAGGUUUAUCUUAAGGUAAGUUUAGUAACUGCACGUUACUAGUCUAGUCUAGUCCAGGUAAUUUUUACAAUAACGGCGUGAUUUCUUGCCCGCUGAUUGGUCAAGAGCUUUGGUGGAUGAUAGUAAAGACCCGUUAGAAAUGACUUGAUGGGGGCACAAUUUUUUCCUUUUCUACCGCGCGCGAUUUUCCAAGAAACUUCAACAAAAAUGGACGUCAAAAACUGUAAGUGUUUUUGUAAAGAACAAAUCGACAACGAUUUUCCAUGGUCUGUUCCUUAAUCGACCAUAGAAAAGACGUCAGAAUGUUGGAAACUUUGAUGUGAAAAGACUCGCUUGCGGCUCGCGGUUCCACUUUAAGUGGAUAACGCAGAAUAGAGAUUAGAAGAUAGACCUAUCAUUUUUGUGGGGAUUUCACUUGAUUUGAAUGUUGCCUACCAUAUAGAAAGCUUUGCUAUAAUUUGUUUUUUGAAUCCUUGUUUUUGUUUACUAGGGAAAAGGAAACGUAACGACUUAUUGGCUUUUGGAUGCUUCAAAGAAGCCUGUCUACAAGCCUCGUCGCUUGCCAAAAGUUCCAAAUGGCAUCCCUACAGAUUCCCCUCUCUUAUCUCUUCCGGGAUUCAAAAGUAGCAGCACAGGGUCUGCCUCCUCCCUAGUUGCUUCAUUGAGACGAUCCCCGUCACUUCGCCGUAGUCAGUUCCGCACAUCCCAGGGAUCGCCAGUUCUUAAAAGGUGGCAAAAGCUCGAAGAUCCCCCAAGGCAAUCUUCAAGAGACAGCUUCCACAUGAAGAUAGAUCCAGAUCUAUAACAGGCUGAUGAUCAGAAUUAUCUUUGUCUUUUUGCCUCAGAAACUUGAUUUCAUCCAGGGGAAUCACCUAUGCCUCGAUGCCAAUUCAAACAGGCUGUCAUUCAAGACUUGAGCCAAGCCGAGGGCUACACCUGCGGUAUGAGGUGAACUAGAAUUACAAGGUUGUAAAUUUCUAUUUUGACAAUCGCUUAGAUGUGACUGCCCAUAUGGAGAACUAAAAGGAGUUACGUAAAUUAAAAUAGUUUCCUAUAUGCGGAUUAAAUCAAACUGGAACGGUUUGUGCUUGGAAACAAUGUGUGCAAAGCCAAAACCAAGUUUACGACUUGAUCUUAAUCCCUGUUUAUGGGCCUCCUGAUUGUACCUUUGGGUUUUCGUUGAGACGACGAAAGCUAAAGGAUACUUUAUACUACGCUUGGAAAAAGCCGAUACACUGCAAGGUUUCAGUAUCAUUUGUCUCUUUAUGGCCGUAAAAUGGCACAAGGUAUCAAGAAACAAAGAUGAAAAAACACUUGGUUAGGCUUCAAAGUGUACAUUUUUUUUAUUGCUAUUAGAUUGUAUAAACAUUGUAACCACAAUUAGGA